GGAAUUCAGAGGAAUCUUUAUUUGCAUCAGACACUAGCCAUAGCAAUAAAAUAAAAAACAACGUACUGAAAAUAGAGGUAAAAACUUAACUAUACAAAAUACAUUCUGGAGGUUUACAUCAAUAAUAAAAUAAUAGAUCAAAAUAAAAACAACCACCCAAUAACACCCCCCCCAAAUACCCCACAUUUUAAAAGGGCAUAGUAUGUCAAUCAAAUAAACCAAAGGCCUGGUUAAAAAAUGAACGUUUUUGCCUGGCACCUAAAGUUGUAUAAUGAAAGCUCCAGGAGAAUUUCCCUGGGGAAAGCAUACCACAGUGGGGAGCCAUUGCAGAGAAGGCCCGUUCUUGUGUUGCCAUCUUCUAGAUCUCUUGAGGAGGCACACGAAGAAGGGCCUCAGAAGAUAAUGUCAGGGUCUGGGUAGGUUCAUAUGGAAAGAGGUGGGCCUUGAGAUAUUGUGGUCCUGAGCCGUUUAAGGCUUUAUAGGUCAAAACCAGCACUUUGAACUGGGCCCCAAAACUCAAUGGUAGCCGAUAUGCUCAAACUGUCUUGCUCCAGCGAGCAACCUGGCUGCCAGAUUCUGCACUAGCUGAAGUUUCCAAAUCAUCUUCAGGGGCAGCCCUACAUAUAACGCAUUGCAGUAAUCUAACCUCGAGGUUAGCAGAGCAUAGUAUACUAACAGUAGUCAGGCUCUCCCUGUCCAGAUAGGGGACAUUAUCAUUGUGUUGCCUGAUAUCGUAGAGGGGCUGUCUGAUGAACUAAUGUGCUUUGCUGAAGCCCAGUGUGAAGAACUUGUGGCGGCGAUAAACCAAGAAAGCAAAAGCUUUGGAGCUGUGGUGCCUGAAGCUUCUUCUUCUUCUUCCUUUGGUGAUCACUUGUAGCCAAGCAAGAUUGUUUUCCAUGAACACGGUCUUAACGGUGUGUCCAUAAGUGGAGGCCAAUUCUGGAUGUUCUCCAAUUGGAGCGCUCGCAGGUGAGUGUUUCCCAAUUGCUGGUGUUUAUACUACAUUUUUAAAAAUUUACCUUGAUCUGUAAACCCUUUUUGUUGACCACCAACAUUAUGCUUUCCAUUCUUAAGUUCAGAAUAGAGUAGUUGCUCUAGAAGACGAUAAUCAGACAUCCGAACAACAUGACCAGUCCAACAAAGUUGACGUUGAAGAAUCAUUGCUUUGACACUGCUGAUACUUGCUUCUUCCGGUACCCUGGCAUUAGUUCACCUGUUUUCCCAAGCGAUACGUAAAUUUUUUUGGAGAAACCAUUGAUGCAAUCUUUCGAGGAGCUGGCGUUUAUAAGUGGUCCAAGCAUACAGUAAGCUUGGUAGCAUGAUAACUUUGUAAACAAGCAUUUUGGUUUCCCUGCGAACAUCCUUGUCCUUAAACACACUGUGCUUCUGCUGGACAAAACUGUGCUCACCGAUGCCGCAUUUUGGGAUCGGCCCUUGUGGAAAGGUAGAAGCAAUCAACACUUUCCAACGUUACACCGUCGUUGAGUUGGGUUUGUGGCACUGCAGAGGGCUUGUUGAUGCAGCUCUUUGGCUUUUGGGGGGAUGUCGAGGGACAGGCCCAGCUUUCCUAGGAAGCUUCUGCUGUUCCCCAAGUGGAGCGCUGGCAGAUUGUUUCCCCAUUGUGGGCGUUUAUAUGACAUUUUUUGAGAGAGUCUUUAAGCUUCUUUUGUUGGACAGCCGGCAUCACGGAGCUGGCCGUGCCUGGAGUUCUCGCAAAGCGCGCUGGGGGUCGGGCCCCCAUCGAUGUUCUUCCGCGCGGCCUCGGGAGGCUCCAGAACGAGGGGGCCUUUUACCGAAGGGCCGCCCGCGACGCCUCGCCGCCGCCUUGAAAGGGGGGGCCCUGUCGUUACUGCUGCUCCUUCACGAGGAGGCGAGGCCUGUGAGGAACUGGGCCUGAGGCGGCGAAGCGGGGGGGGGGGGAGGAGAGCGAAGCGGCCGGCCGGCCUUGGCGCGAGCGACUCCGCCGCUCCCCCCUCAGGCUUCUCCCCCGUCUGCCGCUUUGUUGUACUCGCCGCCUCAGCCUCGGGCGGGAAGGGAAGGGCAAGGCGGCUGCGCCUCCGCCUCCUGACGCUCAUGGCGACAGUGGGCACAUCCGGGCUUUUCUCCAUUCGGCGUCGUGAGGCGCGUCCAGCCCGACUCCAUUAGAGGCUCUCUCUCUUUCCCUUUCCCUCCCGCGCCGCCCCGUCCCCGGCGGCAGGGAAGGAGGGUUACCGCCGGGCUCUCGGGAGGGAUUCCCGGGGGUCAUGUCCAACCAAGGGGCGAGGAGGAACGGGCCCGUCAAGCUGCGACUGACAGGUGAGAGGAGCCGUUGCGCGCGGCGGGGCGGGCGGGCAGGCGGCGCGCACGCUUCGCUCCCCAUACACACGUUACGAGGAGGAGAGCGAGGCCCGAGGGGCCUCGUUUGCCUUGUGAGGUGGGGUAUGGGGGGGAAAGCGGGUCGGCUUUGGCAAUGGAAGGGCCACCCGAGAAGAAAGAGGCGUUGUGUGGGGGGAGAAGGGUGUUGCGAGGGGAAUAUAAUUCGCGUCUGUGGAGAAGCCGUUCGGAAGUUGUGGGACGCGGUGGGGGUGGGGAGAGAAAAGGGCCCCAGGUUUGGUGAGGAAAGGAGAGAGAAUUUCGCCGUUUGUUUUCAAAAAUAAUAAUAAGGGAAACGUGAGGUGUUUGUGUGUGUUUGUGUUUCAACCCACUGGCCGGGAGCCUCGAGGAGCGAGCUGCUUCCCCCACAGCCUUGUGUAUGUGAGACUCUCUCGAAAGCUUCCAGGCCUCGGGAGAAAAGUAAGCUCUUCACCCCACGCUCCCACCCCGCGAUCUCAGCUAUCGUGAGUGGGGGGUGAAGAGUUUGCCGAGGGGUGCGAGCUUCCAGGUGCAACGGUUGCUGCACACGGCGCCCUGAAGGGACGCAUCCUGCAAAGCGUCGGACUCUUCCGAUAAAGCCCGUCUGAAACUCCAGGGCUCGAGCAUCGUGAGAGGUUUUUCUUUCUCCAUCUCUCCAGCAUCUGGAUUGCUCAAUCGGUUCGUUAGGAUGUGAGGCCGCUUUGGGACGUGGGUUUAAGUGUAAGUUGUGAAGCGGGGGGAGGGUUAGAGAGAGUUUGAUCCUUUUCCUCUGGCAGCUUAAACUUGAAUGAGUCUCUGCCGCUUUGCGCCCUUGUUUUCGCCCUGCUGGAAAUCCACUUCCGCAAAGGAAGGUUGUGUAAGGUUGUGCCUUGAUGAGAUGGAGAGGGCAAAAGCACAAACAUUUUGGGUAUUUUAUUUCUUUCUAAUACUGGAUAUAUAUAUGUAUGUGUUUGGGUCUCUAAAGAAGUCUGGAGAUGGAAGGAAAGGCUUUUUGGAACAAGCUGGUUUGACUGGAAUGUGCAAUAGCUGUGGUUCUGUUUUGAUGCUUAUGCUACCAUAGCGCAGAGCAAAAACUUGCUUUUAAGUUUUGAAAAUCAUAUUUUUUCAAGUUUAUUAUUGUUACUAUUAUUUUUACAAAGUAAUAAAAAAAAGUGCCACCCCACCCCCGAGACCAUUCCAUCGUAACUAUCCAGCCUCCCAACAUGUCAACACCUAUUGCGAUGGUUUGACCUGUUUCCAUUUUAACAGUACAAAUUCUACGAAUACCUUCCAUAUCUCCUCAAAAUAAUUUCUCCUCGUAUUCUCUGUCUUAACCUUAAUAGCACAUCUUUGAAAAUCUUCAGAUGCCUUGAUUGGAAAAUGUUUUGAGGCAGUUGUCUUGGAGGACUCCUACUUCAGUUUCUAUUUCCACCUCACAUGUUAGGAUUUAGGAUUCAUAUCCAUGCUUGUUUGUUACAGUAAAAAAAGACUUUUUUUAAACAAAAAAGAUAUGUGCUUUUAAGCCAGUGUCUCAUCUACUAGAUGAGAGCCUUGGGCAAAUGAUGAUCGUGCUUUCUUUGUAUACCGAUUUUCAGGUAAACCUCGUGAAAUAGCUUACAUAAAAUAUUAAAACAGUAAGCAUGAAUUAAAACUAACAAAACACACAUAUGUAUGCCCUGGAUUAAUUUGAUGUGCAAGUUAGAUUGCAUCUCUCCUCAGAGCAAGAUUGUUUUCAGGUAGCACUAUGAUGGCUGUAAAUCAUUAUUAAAAGCAGACCUGUCCCCAGCCUGGCAGAGGUUGUUCUUACUAAUAGCUUUUAUUGUCAUCAACCAUUUUUGAAUGGUACCAUCUUGCAGUCUCUAUAAUCUUUUGUGCAUUUUACUAACAUACACAUUCUUGUUUGUGUGGCUCUAGUUCUAAUUCUGCAAGAACAUAAUUGGGAAAUUUCCAAAGUUGAUAUAUGCAUAUUUAUUGGGGGGAUGGGACUUGUGGCCCUGCACAUGUUGUUGGACUUCCACUCCCAUCAACCCCAGCCAGCAUAGCCCAGUCGUCAGGGGUGACGGGAGUUGUAGUCCAGCAUCAUUUGUUGUUGUUGUUUAGUCGUUUAGUCAUGUCCUACUCUUUGUGAUCCCAUGAACCAGAGCAUGCCAGGCACUCCUGUCUUCCACUGCCUCCCGCAGUUUGGUCAAACUCAUGUUAGUAGCUUCGAGAACACUGUCCAGCCAUCUCUUCCUCUGUCGUCCCCUUCUCCUUGUGCCCUCCAUCUUUCCCAACAUGAGGGUCUUUUCCAGGGAGUCUUCUCUUCUCAUGAGCCUCGGCUUCAGGAUCUGUCCUUCCAGUGAGCACUCAGGGCUGAUUUCCUUAAGAAUGGAGGGGUUUGAUCUUCUUGCAGUCCACGGGACUUUCAAGAGUCUCCUCCAGCACCAUAAUUCAGAAGCACCAAUUCUUCGGUGAUCAGCCUUCUUUGUGGUUCAUAUGAUGUCCAGCAAAUGCACUUUGUGGAGCGCAACAUUCUUGGUCUAAAAAUUGGCUGAAGGACUGUUUUGCAGCUGGUAUUGCCGCUGCUCUGGAGAAGGAACAGUGAAGUUCACCAAAGACGUGUUUUACAAUCUUUUUAAACCAACAAGUGGAUAGGUAGUCAUUACGUCUGUCCCUUCCCCUUGCACAUUUUCUAAUGCUCUCAGAUUUGUAAUUUUGGAACUAUAGAAGCUUGUCUCAGGGGAAGGAUUAAUUAGUAUUCAGAGUACAUUACACUACUUAAGUAUUAGAAAAAAAUUAUAGGUAAUUGUAAAAUUAUAGACAGCAAACAGACACCCUAUGACCUUUUAAAAUGUGUUUUUUUGGGGGGGUUAUUGGGUUGUUCAUUUUAUUUUGAUUAUAUAUUUUGUGGUUUUAUAUUUUGAUUUUGUUCUGUGAACUGCCCUGAGACCUCCAGGUAUUGGGCAGUAUAUAAAUUCAGUACAUAAAUAAAUAAAUAAAUGCAGACAAAAACCCUUGAUACUAUUAAGAUUAAAUAUUCUGUAUUUUGGCUAACUUUAAAUGUGCAUGUCAUGCAUCACAUUCUUUUUUGUAGGGAAGCUUUAAAUGCAUAAGGAAAGUUGCAAUAGAAAAAAUAUUGUUAAGUAUUUGAAAGUAAGUAAUAUUGAACUCAGUGGGACAUCUAAGUAAACAUGUAUAGGAGUGGCUGAAAGUGGUUUUCUUAGGGUUUGCUUUAGAAUAUCUAAAUCUCACCCAUUUUGGUAUGAAACAUACUUCAGGAACUUCUAAAUGCUAAAACUAUAUUGAGCUAAAGUUCUUCCUUGAGUGUGAUUAGAAGUAGUUUACUAUAAGACUGUUGACAUAUCUAGUUUCAGUGUUUUUAAAUUUUAUGAGGCUAGCAGUCUUCUGUUUUGGCUUCAACCUUUUUUUCUUGUCCCGGUUCAAUUCUGUAAGCAAUAUGUAGUAUUUAUUUAUUUCACAUUUAUUAUCUUGGUAUUUGAUAGUAUAGACUGUGAAAACUGGAUUGGAAAAACUGGAUUCAAUUAGCAGUUUUCAAGACGUAAACAUUAAAAGUUUUAGAUGGAAACAUUGUUUUGACUGACUGGAUAAAUGACAGGAUAGUGUUUGAUGUGAGGCCAGGAACUGAUUUGGAGCUAAUGCCCAACUUCUAUGUCCAUCUUGAGGAGCCAAAUAAAAUAUUUAGCCUAGGCCUGAUUUAGAAGAAAAGGUUGAUUCUUUUGAGGCUUUAAGAAUGUUCUGAGAAAUGUUUGGCAUACCUUUGCACUAAGUGUUUAACAGUUUAUUUAGAUCUCUGUUUUAUAACCACUGUAGAGACAUAACUUUGAAUUUUACUGGAUGUCCAGCUUAUUCAUAGUUCUUCUGUAUCUUUGUUCACUGUGUGUCUUAUUUACUUGUCAAAACAUCAGUGUGCAGUCUACAACAAGUUGCCAUGUGUUUGGCUACUGACAAUGCGCCGAUAUAUGAAAAUAACACUAAGAAUAUUAUUAGAAUGAGAAUAGGUUUCUGGUUGUGCACGGUAUUUCAAGCAGAUCUGAACUUGCACUUUUACUACUGUUGAUUUAUGGGGAUGGGUCACCAUCUGCCUUCUGUAACUGGAUGUUGAAAAUGGGCUAGCUGUUUGAGAAGGCUAUUUUCCCCCCUCCCCCCAAAAUUGACUACUGAAUUAAGUUGGAUAUCCAAAAUGCUAUGAAAAACUACGUUGUGUAUAAUGUAUUUUAGUUUUAAAACAGAGUUUUGCUUUGCUGCCUAUACUGAAACUGCAGCAUUCAGAAGUGUUUCAUUGCAGAUGAAAAGUAAGGCUGAAAUCCUAUUUAACUUGGUGGGAUUUACUUAUGCAUAAGAUUGUGCUGCAUGUAUCAUGAAAAUGCUCUAAAUUGAGAUAGCAGUAAUUAAAUGUUUGGGAUGGUAAUUGUAUUGAUAAAGUAUCAAUCUGGAUGAAAUGUGCUGGUUAGAUGUAUUGAUGCUUUAGGUUUACACAGGUAACUGUAAAUACUGUGGAUAUUUUCCUUUCAAUUCCAGUAUGAAUUCAUGGGUCCACAAGGAUGCUGACUCCUAACCUUAGCGGUGAAGUAUUUGUGCUUUUUAAAUAGAUGUGGUGCAUCAUUAAGGACAACAUUAGAACUAUUGGAUAGCCACUUAGUUAAUGAGACUGUGCUGCUGGUGGUGAAGCUUUAGUAUAAUCAUAUUAGAUUCGUAGUUCUCUUUUAAAGGCAACUGAAAGGGAUUUUUUUUUUUAUUGGGGAAGCAGAUGCCAUUGAGGAAUAUAUCCUAAUAAGGACUAUAUCACACAUACUUCCGUACUUUACGUGAGAAAUCCUGACUUUUUCCAUCUAGUAACAUGUAUGGACUAUAAUGUGAAUGCAGACUUGACAGCAAUUCCUGUGAUUCUGUUAGCUAGAGAAAGAGCAGUUUCAAAAGUAGGACAGUCAGGAUUGCUAAAGUGUAGAGUAAAAUGUCUUCUCUAAACCUUUUAGGUUCUUCUUCAUUACAUUAUUUAUAAACAACUAGUGUUUUCCCCCUUCUAUAACCUUGUCUCUACCAUUUGUAAUUUCAUAUCUUCUUUCUUUAAAAAAAACUAUAACAUUUCACUUUUCUCCCUCCAGGGACUUUAAAAAAACCCUUUAAGAAUGAUUUUCUAAUAUCAAACAUUACAAAAAAAAUACAAAAAAAUGAAGAAAUAGAAUAAAUAUAUACCAUGAGAAUAUUUUAACUCCAAAGGACUGGACCCCCAAAUCAGGAAAGAACUCACCCCCUCAAUCCAGACAGUAUAAGUAGAUAGAACAAGUGAUUAGAAAUUGAGGCAUAUAAGGACCUGAAAGAUUUGAUGGGAAAAUGAUGGCACGAACAUUAAAAUAAUGGAAGAAACAAUAUCAUACUUACUUAAAAUUAUUAUGCAUUCCAUGUCCUAGCAUAAUGAGAUGGUGGGUUUUCCUUUUCCUUUUACAAAUGUAAUAAAACUAUACCAAUCUUUAAUGCAUUUAUCUGAUUUUGAAGAGUCAUGUACUCUGAUUCCAUGAAUUAGUUUUUCCAUAUAUUCUAAAUAGCAUAGGUAAAUAGGUAAAGGUAAAUAGGUAAUAGGUAAAUACCAUACCUUAUGGUGCCACAAGGUUAAAGUAGUUCUCUUUAAAUCUUGCCAGUACUUAGUGAUUGUUAUAUGUUAUAUGCCAGUACUUAGUGAUUUCAUUUCCAUGAAAAGAGCUGCAAAAAAGGAGGGAAGGAACUAAGAAUCAAUGAAUACUAUGUAAAAUUCAGUCAUUCUCUUUUUCGGAGCUGUCAUUAUCAGUUUCGGCUUCUUCAUAUUUGUCAUCAUAUUUAUUAUGGAUUUGUUGCCCAGAUUGAAACAAGCUGUCUCUCAUGAGCUUAUAUCCCUAGGAGGUAUAUGAAAACAUAAAGCUUCUGAUUAACCCAAAGGCCUGAGACGAUCUCAAAAGAUUCCAGUUCCUUCUUAAAGGGGAUGUUGUCAAAGGGUCUGUAACCAAUAAGGCCAGGUCAUCUGCACACAGAUUUAAUAGGUGGGCUCAUUUUGUAAUACUAUUAUAGAAAAUAAUUUAACAAGAUUAGUAAGCUUUAUUGUACUUAGAAACAUCAAAUUUUCAAUAGCAAUUGAAAGGUACAGUGGUGCCCAGCAAGACGAAUGCCUCGCAAGACGGAAAACCCGCUAGACGAAAGGGUUUUCCGUUUUUGAGUUGCUUCGCAGGACGAAUUUCCCUAUGGGCUUGCUUCGCAAGACGAAAAUUUCUUGCGAGUCUUGAGAUUUUUUUUCCGCUUCCCCCUCCUUAUCUAAGCCGCUAAGCCUUUAAUAGCCUUUUAGCAGCUAAUCCGCUAAGCCGAUAAGCCUUUAAUAGCCGCUAAACCGCUAAUAGCGCUAAUCCGUUAAGCCGCUAAUAGGGUUGCUUCGCAAGACGAAAAAACCGCUAGACGAAGACACUCGCGGAACGGAUUAAUUUCGUCUUGCGAGGCACCACUGUACCCUCCUUUUUCCAAUUACAGUGGUAUCUCGGGUUACAUACGCUUCAGGUUACAUACGCUUCAGGUUACAGACUCCGCUAACCCAGAAAUAGUGCUUCAGGUUAAGAACUUUGCUUCAGGAUGAGAGCAGAAAUUGUGCUCCAGUGGCACAGCAGCAGCAGGAGGCCCCAUUAGCUAAAGUGGUGCUUCAGGUCAAGAACAGUUUCAGGUUAAGAACGGACCUCCGAGGUACCACUGUAUAACUAAUAGAUAUUAUAAUCACCAGGAAAUUAUGUUUCAUUUAUGUGACCAAAAAGAAUGUGCAAGGGAUCUACUGGGAGUUAAUAGCCUGUAAUGUCCCUGCUCCUGCCAACCUAGCAGUUCGAAAGCACGUCAAAGUGUGAGUAGAUAAAUAGGUACCGCUUUGGCGGGAAGGUAAACGGCGUUUCCGUGUGCUGCUCUGGUUCGCCAAAAGUGGCUUAGUCAUGCUGGCCACAUGACCUGGAAGCUGUCUGCGGACAAACGCCGGCUCCCUUGGCCAAUAAAGUUAAAUGAGAGCCACAACCCCAGAGUCGUCUGCGACUGGACCUAACGGUCAGCGGUCCCUUUAUCUUAAUGUAUUCUAUAUGAUCCACAACUGAUUUCCAAAAUGCAUUUCUUUUAGGACAAACCCAAUAUAUAUUGAGAGUGGCUAACUUAUUGCAUUCAGAUGUUGUUAGACUACAGCUUCCAUACUCUCCAACCAUUUGCCAACUAAAUGUUGCUGUUUGUUUUCUAUACUUUAUAUCCCUUUCUUCUGUUAGAGCAGGAAUGAGGAAUCUGUGGCCGUCCAGAUGCUUGAUUCCAUCUGUCCCAGCCAUCCUGGCCAAUGGUCAGGGAUGACGAAAGCUGUAGUCCAACAACACCUGGAGGAUCAUAGCUUAGCCAGUCUUGUAAUAUAUAUUGAUGAGAUCUGCUCUGUCUGCUUGGCAGUGCCAACAAGUGUCCUUUGUUCCUGGGUAUUUUCUACUUGGUUUCAGUGGUGUUAGAUACCAUCUAUAAAAGCUUUUAUGGGAACUUUCCUUAAGGUAGGCUUGCCAUAUUUCAAACAGUGAAAAUACACAGAAAAGUUGUUGAGCUUCUUUUGGCAAAGUUGUUGAGCAGUUUUUUUAGGUAUUUUUAUGGAAAGUCACCAAAAACGGCACUGCUGAUAUGGGCUGCCAUACAUCCGGAUUUUCCCAGACAUUUUAAUGAUUUCUGCCCGGACACUACUGACGACUGCAGAAUUCCAGAUAUGUCCAGGAAAUCCCAGACAUAUAGCAACCUUACUUAAGGUUCAUGCUUGAAGUCAUUUGUGGGAAUUUUAUAUACCAUUCCAGCUGCGUAGAGAAGUACUUAUCUGUAGAUCUCUCUCCAAUUUAACUUCAUAGGGAUUUGGGUGCAGGUGUGACUCAAAUAACAUUUUAUAUAGUUUACAAUAAAAUUCUCAAAAUUCAUUUAUGUAGGGGGCAGUAUUAGCCAUGGCUGAUGUUAAUUUAGCCCUAUGACUCAGCAUAGUUGAGGUUGGCAAGGGAGGGAAGAAUUUUCAUGUUCAUGCGGAGAGCAGCUAGCUGGUAUGAUACCAGGGAAGACAGGAAAUGUUUCCUCAGGAACUUCUGUUCCUAUACCAGAUUGGUUUUUGUUUUUGUUCACUGCUUAAGCGCUUUCUUGCAAUCAAGUGGUAUAUAAAUUUUGUAAAAUAAAAUAAAAUGCUAAGCCAGUGUUUGUGUCCCAUUUCUGCUCCUUUCUCACUGAACCUGCAACUGAAAAAACCCUUCCUUCCUUUGGAAUCUUUGCCACCCUCUCCUUUCUAUAUAUUUUACUGUCAUGAAUUGAGGAUAUCUCAGGGUGGAUUGGUUUAAACUGGUGAUUGAAAUCAUGAUUUAAAUUACCCUGGAAAAAAGAGAGAUGCUUAAAUCAGCAAUUUAAGUCAACUUUCUGAUUUUGAAAAUCAUAAAACAACUGCAACUUGCUAGUUCCUGGCCACCAGUAUAAACCCAAUUUAUAAAUAAAUUUAUAAAUAAAAAACUAGCAUACUAUGGCUUGUGUUUGUUCAUCAAAUCAGGAUUAUAGAUCAGGAUUCCUGACAUUACAUCUGAACCAAGCUUAUAUUCUUUACAUUAAAAUGCUAUACUUGGAUUAAACUGAUGCAGGUUAUGGUGUGAGUAAGUCCCUAAAGCAGCACUGUGUGUGGUAUCUUUCUGCAAACUUGUGGACACAAAUUGUAGUGCUGGUUUCGUCCUCUAGUGCCAUAUAUGAGCCCAGUACAUCUGAGAUUGUUGCCAAAAGUCUUAUUGCUGAGGGUCUUAUUUAUAUUCCAAGCAAGGAAAACAAAGGCCCUUGAGAGGGGUAAGACCUCACUAGCUCUCCUAUGCCUGUGAAGUUUGCUCAUCUUUGCAUAACUCUUAGAAGUGUUGUCUUUAAAAAUUUUUCUUUUAACUGGCUGUUGGUGGCUGAGGUUUUAACAAUUGUUAUGCACAUUCAUGUGUUUGUUUUCAGAAAUAGGACAUGGUAGAAAACAUGGCAACUAAAAUCUUGUUUCCUACAGCAAAAAAUGUGUGUGUGCGAAACAGUGUAGGAGUAUUUCUAAGAUGUGAGAUGCUUUUAGCAGGUGUUUGCUUUCUGGAGAAGUGGAAGAGUAAAAAAGACUUUGGAUGGAAGAACAGGACUGGCUGAAAAUAUGUGCAACCGUGCCAAGGUGUUUGUGGACACAAUUUAACUGUAUAAGAAAUGUGGCAGACUGCCAUUGAGAAUUACAGGCUUGUGUCAGAUGCCCCAUAUCCCCCAUAGUUUCCUUGUGUCCUGACACCAUUACAUUUGUUUGCUGUCUUGCUCCACAGGAGUGUGGGUAAUUCAAAGUGUAAUGGUCAUCUACAGUUAUGCAGUCUUAAAUCAUUUCUGAAGUUAAAGUGACAUGUGACAUUUGUGGGAAAGCUAGGGAUAAGUAACUCAUGAAUAAAUAUUGAUAAUGAAUUAAACCUCUCCUUCUCCCAUCCACAUUUUCUGUGAUUUUAGAAUGAUUGAGUUUUGAUAUUAAGUGUUUUAGUUAAAUAGAUAUGUACCCAGUUGUUCAGAAUGACAUAAUCUCCUCUCCCCCUUUGUACAAUGUGAGUUGAUGUAAACCAGUAGAUCACAGUGCUAAUGAUUGACUAAGCUGACUGAACAUAGUAUAUUUCUUUAUUUGCUGUAUGUGUAUAAUAUAGAGAGAGCAAUAAUUUAUGGAUAACACAUAGAGUAUGGUUCAGGAAUUAUCCUUAAUUGUGCUAAGUGGGUCCAAAAUGCUGGGGAAUGUCUCCUGGUUCUUAAGGAGGAAAAAGCAGGUUUCUGAAUACACUGCUGAUCUCAGCUGAUUGCUGUAGUUGCAUUCCAUUUUGUAUAGUUGUUAAAACAUCUGUGCUUGUUGUAAAAAGCACAAGUCGCCACAGUGAAUAUAGUAAGACUGCCACAGUCUUUCAAACAGAAUGAAAAUGGUUACUAAACAACUUAUACUGUCUAGAAAGUAGCAAAAGUGACUUCAGACUUACUUUUGUGUCUGUUAAUGUGCAGUAACUACAAAGUUAAUAGUAGUUUCCUUUGCCUUAGCUCUCUAAUUUCCUGUCCACCAGUAUCAGUUGCUAUAAGCAGCCACUUCUUUUAUUUUGAACAAUAUUAUGUAAUACUGUAUGUAUGAUUUUCCUCCUUCCAUUUUAUUUUGGUCUUGGAAUAAAAGCUAGAAGCACCUUUUAUCAGUGCCUAAAGUGCCUUUAAUCAACUGCAGUUGGUAUGACAGCUACAACGCUUCCUGGACUGGGAAAGCUUGGCCACAGUAGUUCAUGCAUUUGAUUCUUCAAGACUGGUUCACUGCAGUGUACUCUAUGUAGGACUUCCCUUGUGCUUGAUCUGAAAGCUGCUGUCAGGGCAGAAUCCUGGAGCACGUUUGCUGAUAGUAGUGAGAUCUUUUUAGAAUAGAACAUCUGUGCUCAGAGACUUAUACUGGUUCCUGAUUUGCUACUGGACCAAGUUCAAGGUGUGACUAUUAGUAUAUAAAACCCUUAACGGCUUGGGACUAGUUUACCUUUGAGGUCGCCUUCCCCCAUAUGUACCCUCUUGACUGUUUCAAUCUGUGGAACUGGCACUGUUACAAGGUGCCACAUAAUAUUCAUUCCACAUUUGCAAUAAAUCAGUGUUUUAGUGUGACAACACCUAGACUUCGGAACUCCCUGUCUAUUGACAUCAGUUUAAACAAACCUACUCAGGUAUGUAGAAUGCUAAUGUGUGUUUUAAUCUAUUUUUAGUUUGUCACCGAUUAUAGUUUAUUAUUUUAUUACUUUCUAAAACGUAUAUGAACAAUAAAACACAAUUUAGCCUGCAGCAUAUGAAACAUAACUGGAUUUCAUAAAGUUUACAUUAGAGUUACAAAAAUAGAAGUCCAGAUUUGAUACAAUGUGUCAGUGUCAAAGUCUGUCUGGAGGUGAAUGACUGUAUCCUCAAAGUAUUUCACUGAAUGAUUACAGUCAUUCUUUGGGGGUACCAGAGGAUUAUCUGCCAUUACUGGCCAUUUUGUGAUACAAUAGGAGGUAAAUUGUUUCAGUGCUUAAAAUAUUUGGGGGCAUUGCUGAAAUUGUUUCUGUGAAUAACCCUAAAAAUGUACCAUAUUUACACGGAUCUAAUGCACAAUUGAAUCUAAUGCACGCAUCAAUUUUCAAAACCUUGAAACCAAAAAAGUAUUUGCUGGUGAAUGUAAAUGUGCCAUCAAAUCUAACACAUGCCCUAAUUUUUGUGAAGUAGUUUGGCCAAAAGGUGCACAUUACAUUCAAGUAAAUACGGUAAUUUAAUUUCAAGAGAAUCAAGUUAUUGGUUGGCUUCCAUGGUUUUCUCAGUUGUCUGUGUUUCAAUUCUUAAUAGAAAAAUGCCUUUAUUAUUAUUUUUAUAACAAGCUGUUUUUUUAUUUCCUUCAGUCUUGCAUUGCCUUACAUUAUUAACUUGAAAACACUUUACAGAGUGCCAUAAAGAAGGAACAAUUAUUUUUCUGCUUUCCAGUGAUGUAUUAGAUUAUUUGUGUGCAGAUAGCAGAUACCAACAUUCUUUAUGGAAUAGAAAUGUAGUAUUGAAUACAACCCUUUUUUUUCUUUUAAAAGUUUUAUCAGAUCAGCUGCUUCCUGUGCAAAUAGAUUUUAAACUUCACAGCUCUUUUGUGAAAUAAAUAUUAAUUGAGUUACGUUUCUAAUUAUUUGAAUCAAAAUGUGUAAGCCUAUCACAGUCCUUCGCUGUUAUGCACGUAUAAUCCUGUGGGAAAGAGGUGCACAGUUGUGGUUAUUGGUUUUUACUAAGGACAUCAGCUACAUCACCAAAGGUGUAUAAUUCUCACACUUAGUUCUCAACAUUCUCGAUGGGAAGUUCCCCCAGAAAUUACAUCAAAAGGAGUUUAUGUGAGCAUCAUUACAGUGAGAUUGCAUGUCAGUAUGUGUUUGUAAUUAAUCUAUAUAAUUUGUUAAAGUUUUGCUUAUAUGACAGGAAAAAGGGUAAAAACAUUGCCACUUUAUAUUAACAGUAAGAAUCAUCUAUCAAUCCUGUCUUAAAUGUAUAAAUUAAUACAAGAAGCCCAUACGUUCAGAUAGGUAUCUAAACAUGAUUGUAAGCCAGUGAGAGCUUCAGGCCACAGAUUAAUGGAUGGUGAUUUUUAAUCCUUUCAGCCUUGCCAGCAUAAGGACUCACAGGAUCCACUUUUGUUGUCCAUUUGUUAGUGUCCAUGCCAUAGGAAUAUAAUUUAAGAGUGUCAAUAUCUACCAAUAUCAAGGACUUCUCCAAAAUAAAAUUAAUAUGAACAAUAUUUUCUGACUUGAAAUUGAACGACAGGGUGGAGGACGAGUCCACAUUAUAUGCCUAUUUGUGCCCCACACUCAAAUUUCUCCUAAUAACUAGCAAUGCUAAAUCUGGAUAUCAAUGCAUUAACUCUACAUUUAAUUUCUAAACUGAAUCAGUGAUCCAUUUUUAACAUAAUGAAUAACCACGAUGUACCAUUAAACACACCAGCCUCUGUGAACCCCAGUGAAGCCUGAGACUCAAGUGCUCCCUCAUCCCUUCUAUUACUGCAUGGAUACAAAUAAGAAUAAACCACAAUUCAGUUUCAUUUUCCAUAAUUCCUCAAGUAUAUUAAACCAGUUUUGGAAGCAUAAUUCAAAGCCUGCUUUUUUGCAACUGAAGUUUGUUGGAGCUCACAGAAGCUUGUGCACAGAACCCUAAACAGUGGUUGAUUCCUAUGUGUGAACAAGGCUAAUUGAUUUUACCAGACAGAGUUAAAGGAGCCUUUUCUAUGUAAACGAAGAACCAGUUUGUUCAGUUCUCAUCUAUGAAUAUUUACCCUCUACUUAUGUAUUUUGUUUUCACCUCAUAAAAAUGUAGUCUUCCCAGUAACUAUCAGGUAUUGUUUCAACAUAUCAGUCAUGGACAUUUCUUUUUUGCUUGCUGCUUUGGAUUUGUGGUAGCAGGGUAAAAGAGAAGCACUGGAAAGAAGACAAUAGCAUUGUUCAGCAUACAGAUUCCUGUAUUCUCAUAUUUGAUCUCUCAAACUGUCAUGGGCGCUGUAUCAGAAUAUUAAAAAAACCCCUAUGUAUUGCAUUCAAUGCUUCAUGAAUAGAUUUCUGCUCACACAAUAGGACUUCCCUUCUCCUGCAGCCUCCCCACCCCCCAUAGGGUACCCAACAAGCCUUUUCCACUCAUACAGUGGUAGCAUUGGAUACAACCCAGUUCCUUCAUAGGUAGAAUGUGCAAAAUGAAUGGAGUACAACAAAGAGAUGCACGGUUGCUUGUAAGAAUAAAAUUAUGUAAGUGAUACUCAACUUAAUUGUAACUUAACAUGGUUUAGUAGCCAGAUUUGCACCAUCAUUGAGGAAAUAUAUGAAGUGGAAAAUCUAUUUUACAUCAGCACUUUUCUUGAAGAUUUGAACCACCAUUAUUUAAAUUGAUCCACUCUGUGUGUGGAGGACUCUGUGGAUUGGUGUGGAGAUUGUGCAGGUCAAAAAGCCGUUGGUGGGAGCCUCUGAUAGACCUCAAUCCCCUUCCACAAUGAACCCUUCCAUAUGUACAAGGGACCCUCUGGGUACAACCAAGAGCGAUAAGGCUAAAUUGUUUCUUAUUCUAGAUUUCAAUAUUUUUAGGCAGUUGGGACAGAGGUAGAGGGUGACUUGGAGGCUUUCAGGAAGAUGUCUAGACAAGCUUUGCUAAUAAAAAUGGGCAUUUCAUUGUAGAACGAUACCCUUUAAAGUUGUUACCUUGAGCCUGAUGUGGUGAUGCAAAAAAUGAAUUUUGGUACUGCUUUGGCCUUACAUGUUUUCUCCCUCCCAAAGUUGGGCUGAAUCCAAAUGUUCCCUUCCUACAACAGAGGAAGAAAUGUACUAAUCAAAAUGCAUUGUUAAGGCAUUUAAGGGUAUUCAUUAUUGGAGAUGCAAAAAUAUAACUUGUGUUUCCAGCUUUCAAGACUAGCCAUUUCAUCAGUUAUCCUAGUGCACUUGCAUGGUAUGAAUCAAGGUUCACAUUUCCAUAUGUGUAUUUGAGUUUAAUCACAGCAAUAGCUAUCAUUGCUUCUAAGUAGCUGGUUUAUCCAAGGCCCUUAAGGUACAAUGAUGAGCCCUCUAAAAGUAUCCAGAUUGGAGUUAGGUCAGUAACACAGAAACAGGUUUACUUUUGUGAAACAGACGCUAAUGACUUGUAAAACCUAAGUGUUGCUACAUGUUGGUUCUCUUUAAAGUAUGACUUUGUAGAUUUAACUUAGUUAUGUUUAAACAGAUGGGCUGCCAAAUUCCUUCAGUCUGUACAGAGUGUAAUUUUUUAAUGCUCUUUCUCCUCGCCUCUCCUACUCUCUAAGCUUCUGUCCACACACACAAAAAUAAAGAUGAACUAUUCAGCUGACAAGAAUAACCCUAAGAAACUUUGAUUUUACACUUUUCUGUAUAGCGCCGCCUUCAGAAUUAGUGUCUUAAAUCAGAUACAGUCAAUAAAUUAUUUUUUUUCUGUUGGGGAAAAGCUGUGAUUUAUUCAAAUUUUUCAGACUAAGGAAAACUAGAGUACAAUAUUUGGAAAAUGGCGAACUAGGAUUAUUCUAAAGUGCUUCUGUCACUUUAGCAGAAAGGGAUGAGUAAUGAUGUCUGAUAAAACAGCACAAGGUCUGGUCUGUCAAUUGGCAGUAGGAGUUUUUACAUAAAACCAGGUAUACAGAAGUAGUUAACCUAUAACAAGGAUACAGGAAAAGCCUCACAAGUCAGCCAUGUAGGCAGAAAGGAUGCCAAAUGGGAAAUGAUUCACCGUCUCCGAAUGGGAUGAGCAAUGAGCAGAAACAGUUUAAAUUUCAGACUUUGGGCUGGAUUCAACUAACUGGUCCUGCUAGCGGAAGUUUGCAUAAGAACUUCCGCUAUUGCAGUGGGGUUUCCCCUGUCUCCUCUCCAUGGGCGCCCCCCAAAUUGGCUGGGGGAGGGGUCAGGAGAACCUCCAAAACUGCAUGCGAGGGGUGGAGAGGGGAGAUCUAUCAGGCAAGCAGAAAUGCUUGUAUUUCCCAAGCAUUCGGCUUACUUCUAUGUUGAAUUUCUACCUUAUCAUUUAGUGCAUUACUAACCAAAUACAGUGGUACCUCCGGUUGCGGAUGGGAUCUGUUCUGGAGGUCCGGUUGGAUCCUGAGGUUUCUGCAACCUGUGGACCGCUUCUGCGCAUGCAUUCUUUUUUGGAAGUCAUUCCGCUAGUAUAUUGAAUUCCUCCCCCUCUGCGCAAUGGGACUUAUUCACAGGAAGGUGUGCUUAGUAUUAUACCAUUAAAUCUUCCGGAUCUAGGAGAUGCCAUGUUCAGAUAACUGAUGGGCAAAUCAGGGGUAACAUGUCUUUUGCUGCUGCUGUGCCCAGCAGACCAGCUGACUGCAGCCAGGCAGGUGGAGAUGCUAGGUGUCAAGUGUGGCGAUGGACAUCUCCAUCCGGUUACAAAAGGCCAGUUGCAAAAUGCGCCUGGCUCCUGGCUAAUUUCGAACACUUACUAGGAAAUUGUUCUUCACAAUGUCGGAAUCAGGCCUUUAGUUGUUGUGGCACCCACCCUUCGGAAUUUAAUCCCUUUGAAUAUUAGGCAUUUAUGUUGUCUUUUGGGCACCUGCUGAAGACCUUCCCUUCCAACAAGCCUUUUAAGUUGUGGUCUUUCCCAGUCUGCAUAUGCGUUAUAAUUAUUUUAAAUAAUUUUUUAAAUUGUUUGUUAACCUUGGGCUUGUUGGAAGGAAGGGUGGGAGACAAAUUUAAUAAAUAAGUUAGCAUUUUAUUUGAUUUGCAGCUGGUCAUGGCACAAGGAAAUGAACACUCACUCAUACUCAGGAAGUUCAAUUAUAGAAUCAUAGACUUGGGGAGUUCUUUCUAAGUGUCUGAUUAUGUAGUUACAAAUCCAUAUGGCAGGUUGAUUUUUGUGGGAAGGCAUCUACAGUUAUGUUGAACACAGAAAAUAUCAGACACGUGUUAUAGACACACUCAGUGAGGAAAAUGACAACAUCCUUAGCUAAUCUCAGACCUCUCACAUUAUUAGAAAUAAUCUCAUAUCUACAUACAUCAGGGUGUCUAGAUGAUGUGCAUUUAUCAUGUUGCUUUAGUUGCUAUAUUCCUAUAAUUUAAAAGUUCUGUCAAAAGGUUUUCUCCAGUAAUGUAUAGUAAAGCAAAAUGUAUAAUAUAUCCUUGUACUCUGAGGUUCUUUGCUUCAGGAAGAGGCAAACAAAUAAGUGGGAAGGCACAAUAAUGUCUUACUGUGUCUUUGCUUCGCUUCUAGAAGAGAGAAAGGAGGAGAAAAUAGGGGUCUGCUGCUUUCAGUAGCAGUCAUGUGGCUUCUACAUUCUUUUUUCCUCCCUUAGAGUAGUUACUAAGAUCACAAACAUGAAAAUGGAACACUGAAGGUAGUGGAUUUUUGUCUUUUGUGGAAUUGAAGGAGGAAGAGGAAGGGAAUCUGCAAAAUUAUAAACUUUGUUUUUUCUUAAAGAAAAGAGAACCUUGAUCUUGGCAGGGAAAUGGGAGGAAACUUUCCUAUUCCUGAAGAGUUUAUCUGUAAAUGUAAAUAUACACUGGUUAAUAUUUAAGCCAUUUACCUUUUCACACAAGCUCUGUGAAUCCAUGCUAUGUAUUGCAAAGAGAGCAUAGUUUCUAGAACUACUGCAGGUAGUCUCUUAAGCUUCUGUACCACUAUUAUAAAUAUUUCAGUAAAAUGUCAUUAGUUGUACCCAGUAACAACUAGAUUGCUAGGAUUUCUUGUGUCUUUCUAUUCAGGAUCCAGCAUAACCCGUCCAAAUCUUAUUGUCAAAAAACUUUCUUUUUAAACUGUAUAUUAGAGUGUGCUUAAAAAAAAAGGGGUGUAAUCUUUCUUCUGGUUUUAAAACGUAACCCAUGAGCAAGUCUUAGAGUGACAUUCGAUGUUAGUCGCCCUUGGAGUAGACCCACUAAGUAACAAGUCCAUAAAUUUGAAUAGGCCAAUUUUGAGUAUGACUUAGUUGGAUAUUACCCUGAGAGUUGAAGGUAUCUCUUGGGUCAUAUAAAACAUGAAUAGUAUUUGAAUUUUUGAAAGUCACUUCCAUGCUAAUCCUGGGAGGUAGCUAUGUAAUAUUGUAAAUAAGUUUUGAGAAACAAAAAUGCAAAACAGUACAAUUCAGUCCUGAUUUCUGAGGGAGAUGCAAAAAGAUAAAAUUCCUAAAACUCUUGUGUGAAUGGGUCAUCCCAAUACGAGGCAGCACUGAAAUUCUUUCUUAAAAGAAUACAUUGGACCCUCCGGAUACAAACUUAAUUCGUUCCGGUGGUCCGUCCACAACCUGAAAAGUCUGUAUCCAGAAGCGCUGCUUCUGCUCACAUGCGCAACGUGAUAGAGCGUUUCUGCAUGCACACACGGUGUGAAACCUGGAAGUAUAUACUUCCAGGUUUGCCACGUUCACAACCCAAAGUUUACAUAUCCGGAGGGAUACAUAAGUAGAGGUAUGACUGUAUAAUGGAGUCUAGAUUUAUUCAUUUCUACAUUUAUUUUCCAUUAAGGGGACAGAACGUUGUCUGUUUCAUACACUUUCCUUACCAUUAUCCCAAAGAUGCUGUCUUUUAGAUCUUAAAACAUCCUUUGAAUGACUACAAGCAACCUCAUUGUUCAGUGUAAUAUGAGAACCACUGUAUUAUAUUCAGAAUUUAAGGAAUAGCACUGACAGCUAUGGGUGCCCACUUCUGCAAAGGAUGGUAAAUACCAGCUGCGAUGCCCUAUUGUCCAGAAGGUGUAAAAUUGCUCUCAACUUAAUUUUAAAAGUGAAUUUGUUUAAGUAUCCUGCGUUGUUACCAUAAUGCCCCCUAAGUAGCCUAUAAAUAAUAGUUCCAUCAAUACUUAAAAUUUCAAAAAUGUUAAAACUGCUUUAAAAAAAUUACAAAGCGUAGUGGAGCAAGAAAAGAAGUAAAAAAUUGAGUUCAGUCAACUACUCCGAAGCACUUGGGCAUAUGCAACCAUAUAUUUCUGAUAGUGAACUAAUUGUUCAGAAGGAACCUGAUUUGGAGAGAAAGUUCCAUAAACAGGGUGCUGCCACUGAGAUGACCCUGUCCUUUCUGGGCACCCCCUAAUGUCUCUCCUCACUCAGUAGUUGUCUUUUUUUGUAUAUAUUUUUUAUAUUUGCCACACUUUCUCUACUGAAAACUGAGGAAUCAAACAGUAAGUUUCAAAAUAACGUAAGUAUCAUGGCACUUUCAAUGUUGUUUCUCUAGAAGAAAGAAGAAAUGUGUAAUGAAGAGGCCAAUCUAUCAGUUUCAAAAGCAAUAUUGUUGAUUGCUAUUUUGCUCCCAAAAGGCUGUUGCCUCCAAGUAUAGUAGUUAGCUAGUUCAAAUUCCCGCGACAGGGUGAGCUCCCAUUGUUCUGUCCCAGCUCCUGCCAACCUAGCAGUUUGAAAGCAUGCUAUUGCAGGUAGAGAAAUAGGUACUGCUGCGGCGGGAAGGUAAACGGCAUUUCCAUGCGCUCUGGCUUCUGUUACAGUGUUCUGUUGUGCCACAAGCAGUUUAGUCCUGCUGGCCACAUGACCCAGAAAGCUGUCUGCGGACAAAUGCCAGCUCCCUCGGCCUGAAAGCGAGAUGAGCACCACAACCCCAUAGUCCACUUUGACUGGACUUAACUGUUCAGGGGUCCUUUACCUUACCUUACCUUACCUAGUUAGCUAGUUGUCUAGUUUCCUUUAAGGAACGGAAAGGCUGAGACUAUUUAAAUAAAGUUUACCAAUGGAGAUUGAAUAUUAUCUACACAAAAGGUAAGCAAUUUCAUUUGCUUAGGCAAUUGGAGUUCAGUGUUCAUUCUGAAAGAUGCAUUUUGUUGCCUUAGCUUAUAGUUGUGAUGGUUUUAGUAAGUGUCUUCUGAUUAAAUAAAAUAAACAUAAUCCAAUUUAAACAGUGCGCGUAAGGUUGAAUGGGAGCUAGCGUGAGCAACACAACUCAUCGCUUGUUCAAACACAUGGGUAGUUUGACAGAUACUAUGUAUCUCACACUGCAGUUUUCCAAGAACCUAGAAGUUGUUGUUUAGUCGUUUAGUCGUGUCCGACUCUUCGUGACCCCAUGGACCAGAGCACUCCUGUCUUCCACUGCCUCCCGCAGUUUGGUCAGACUCAUCUUUGUAGCUUCGAGAACACUGUCCAACCAUCUUGUCCUCUGUCGUCCCCUUCUCUUUGUGCCCUCCAUCUUUCCCAGCAUCAGGGUCUUUUCAGGGAGUCUUCUCUUCUCAUGAGGUGGCCAAAGUAUUGGAGCCUCAGCUUCAGGAUCUGUCCUUCCAGUGAGCACUCAGGGCUGAUUUCCUUAAGAAUGGAUACGUUUGAUCUUCUUGCAGUCCAUGGGACUCUCAAGAGUCUCCUCCAGCACCCAGAAGUAGCAAUUAGUAAUUUCUAGACGGGGGUCCUCAAACUUUUUGAACAGCAGGCCAGUUCACUGUCCCUCAGACACUGUUGGGGGCCAGACUAUAGUUUGAAAAAAAUAUGAACAAAUAUUUAACUCACCUGCUUUUGAAGGUUUGUGGCCUUCCCAUUCCCCAGCCUUAUAGCAAAAACGCAGGGAGGCUUUGCUACAGCUGGCUGGAAGCAUGUCCCAUCUUUAGCUGGCACUGAAUCCUUGAGAUGCCCGUCUCUCCCUGGAGCCUUCCUGCAGAGGAGGAAGUUCGCCUCCCCACGUGAGUGGUUGUGUGCUGCUUUCUGGCGGGUGAGCGAUUUUUGGCAACCCCCCCCCCAACAAUCAAGCGGCCAAUGCCGAAAAUCGGUCAUCCGCUGAAACGAAGCGCGAGCCCAAGAUUGUAAGCGGCGAUUAGCUGCUUGAUUGUUGGGGGGGGGAUGCUGAAAUCGCUCACCCACCUAAACACAGCACACAACCACUGGCGGUGGGCAUGAGGAGGAGGAGUCCAAGAGCGACCCUGCCAGGCGGCGCCCUAUUGGUUGGCGCCAAAGCCCGUCAAACGCGUUGUGGUGCUCGGAUUGGCUCUUUCCAUGUUAAACAGCGGCAGGUUCUGCAAUGGCCGGGCAGGCUGGGUUCAAGACCCUGGUGGGUUAGAUCUGGCCUGCGGACCGUACUUUGAGGACCCCUAGACCUCAUGUAGUGCCUGCUCAUGUUGCUUGAUAGGCAAAUAUUCAGAAAGAUUGCUUUGAUAUACUGGGAUUUUGAAUCUUUCAGCAGGCAUGAUGUAGUCAUUUACACUAAACAGCAACAAGCAGUGGAAAUUUCCUCUGUUUGCUGAAUAUCCUAGAUUUUUUAAAUGCUAAAUAGGGGUUGACCUUACCUGGGAUGUUGCUUGUGCCUUUCCCCCCUGCUAGUCAAAAGUGCCAGCAAAUUGUGCACAGGGGGAGUGAACUCUGGAGUGCGAAACCAACAACAAUGGCAUCAAAUACUUGUGAAAUCCUGUUCAUAUGAGGUACUCUUUGGUUUCAGGGUUUAAACACUUUACAGAGUUGCCAUUGGUGGGGAAGCAGGCAUCUGAAAGAACUUUUAGAGACAAAGACUUUAUUUCUCAAGUUUUUAUAGAAGGUGCUUUCAAGUUUAAUUUCCAGUGUUCUUUUUGACAACUGUAUUAAAUUAGCGAGCAGAACUAGUGCAAAAAUGACAUGAAUUCAUCAUUGAUCGCAUUGAAGAAAUAUGAAUGUAUUAUGUCUCUGGGAAUUCAGUGUGCAUGUUUUCUUUUUUCUUUUAAUUUUGGCUUAGAAAGUAGAAAAUGGGAGGAGGAGUGGAAAAGGAAGCCUUUUGUUUACUUCAAAACAAUACUGUGAAGUAGACAUGAUGUUUAAAACAGGAGUCUAAACAUGGCAAAUGUAGGCAGACUGUGUCCACAAGUUACUCAGGAAUCCUAAGUGCAGAUUGCUGGAGUCUGAUAUUUCUUAAGGAAAUUCAGAUUUACUUUUAAGAGGAAAUUUACCCCAGAAUUUUAUCACUGAAUUAGAAGACUGGCAUUGUUCAUAUGCGUCUAUAAAAAUACUGUAAUUUAACUGAAAUUUGCUUGAAAGCUCUUCCGUCUUCCUCCCCUUUUUGGUGUCCUAUGCAAAGUUUAAAAUAUUUAUUUUUUAAAAAAAUUAUAAGCUUAAUAAUAUACUUAAAAACACUCCAUUAUCAAGUGGUCACUGUUACACUUUGCAGUACCUUAGUAAUAUCAUUUGAUUUAGGUGCUGGAAUGCUAUAAUAUUCAGAAAACAAUUCUGAUUUAUUUAGGCCUGGAUUUUUUAAAAAGUUACAAUAUGCUCUUGUAGUUAGGCAGUUCUGUGUAACUGCAAGUCACAUUUUAUUUCGUAUGAGAUGAGCGCCGCAACCCCAGAGUCGGUCACGACUGGACCUAAUGGUCAGGGGUCCCUUUACCUUUACCUAUGCACACUUGUGUAAGAACUUAAAGUACAAAUAGAAAUCUAAUUAGAUUAUUUAAAACUAGUCUAUGUUUGGUAAUUUCAAAUAUUCCUAGAAAUUGCUGCCCCUGACCUUGCCUAUGUCCCACCAUUUCGUCCAGAUACAUAGAUAGCAACACUUGUCUCAGCAGGCUGGCUUCAUGGCAGUGCCCUACUGUGCCAACAGCUCCUGAAAUCCCACUCAGAUUUAUGUUUGGAGCAUAAUCCAGCCAGAGGAAAGAUUUAAGCAGAUGCUUAACUCUUUCACCUAAGCAUCAGUGCUAACUAAGACUAGCUGGUAGCCUACAAACUUUACUAUAGUUCCUAUAAGGAAGUUUAAUGUUUAGUGCAUUGUUGUAGUAUCCAUACUGUCAACUUUUCCCUUUUCUUGUGAGGAAUCCUAUACAGAAUAAGGGAAUUUCCCUUUAAAAAAGGGAAAAGUUGGCAGCUAUGGCAGUAUGAUUAGUUAAGAAUAACAUGCUUUUAACACACAAUUACAAAUAUGGUAGUUGGGUGCAUAUGCUUUGUAGUUCCACAUUAAAUUAGCUCUUUUAGAGAUGAGAUGACUAGGCUGUAUUGCAGGAUGCAAGAUCUUGUACUCAGGACCGGUUAAAUACCCAUUGACAAUCCAAGGAGAUGGAGAUAUGCAUGAAAGUGUAUCUUUUGACUUGGUUUUCCAAAGAACAACACUAUACCACACAAGCUGUUUUUCCAACUCCCCUGACUUUGAACAGUGGUUUGCCUUGUGGCAUGUAAUGCCUUGGUGCUUGGGAGUUUCACUGAUAGUGGAUUUGCUGUGUUUCUAUAUCAUGAGUUAGAAGAUAGGUUAGAGGAUGUUUACUCUGACACAGUAGGAGGUAUUUUCAAAAUUAUGCUUCUUACAUUUUUAGGAAUAUCCCGUAUUUAAAUUAGAGCAAUCGUGGGAGGAAUAUUAUAAACUGGCAGAAAUGAAUCUGAUACAAAAAAAGUCCCUAAGUAAUUGAAAAGUGAUUUGAAUCUAGUAAACUUAAUAGCGCUUUUUCACCUGCCCCUUCUGGAGGCAGCUCCAGCACCCAUGGAAAAGGUCUCCUAGGGGGUUGAGAGACCCUCUAGAGCAGUGGGGGCAAACCUAUGGCACGCCGCGUGCCAGAGGGGGCACUCUCUGUGGACGCGUGCGCCGUCGCCCCAGCACAGAGCCUUCAGAAGGCGAGGGCAGCUCGUUGAGUCCUCAGCUCAACUUGUGUCCGAGUAGAAGUGCCUCGGGUGGGGUGUUGGGGAUGUGUGUGUGCAAAAUGGAGCCACAACCUUCAGGGUGUGCAUUUUCCCUUGGGGAGCCACCACUGAGGGUGGGGAGGGCGCAGCGCUGUGCACGUGCUCAGAAGCGCGCUGCCACAUUGGUGGGCUGCUGAAAGUUCCGAUCACCCGUCUUCCUCCGCCUCCUGCUGUGAGGGUGAAGCUUUACACCAGGGGUCAGCAAACUUUUUCAGCAGGGGGCCGGUCCACUGUUCCUCAGACCUUGUGAGGGGCUGGACUAUAUUUUGAAAAGAAAAAAGAACGAAUUCCUAUGCCCCACAAAUAACCCAGAGAUGCAUUUUAAAUAAAAGGACACAUUCUACUCAUGUAAAAACACGCUGAUUCCAGGACUGUCCACGGGCCGGAUUUAGAAGGCGAUUGGGCCGGAUCCGGCCCCUGGGACUUAAUUUGCCUACCCAUGCUUCACACACCCUCCACCCGGGGCCAGUGGGAGUGGAGUCAGAAGUGGAGUGGAGGCUUUGCGCUCCCCAGCUCAGCUGCGUGAUCCCACUCCUACUUGCGUGCAAGCAAGAGCAGGGUGGGGAUCUCUCAGCUGGGAAGUACUAAGCCUCCACUUCUGAGAGAUCCCUGCCUCUACUCCUGCUUGCACACAAGUAGGAGCUGGAGCGGGCAGCUCAGCUGAGGAGUGCCUGGCUGCUUUCAGGUGGUGCAGGGGCUCUCAGAUGCAGCUUCUGGGCUGCCUUCACCUUUCCCAACCUCAGGCUAGGGGGGCGGCCGGCGGCGGCGAAUCCCUUGUCUGCUCGCUUGCUGCCCCAGCCCAACCUUUGCUCACUCAGCGCCGGGGCCUCUGGAGCUGGAGGAGGGGGUGCUUGCUUUUGUGGCUGUGGCGGCAGAGGGACCCAACGCUGGAGGGCGGCAGGUGCCUGCUCACUUGUCGCCCGGCCCGCCUUCCCUCACUCUGAAAACGGAAGUUAUACUCAGAACAGAGCAUGUUCCACUUCCGUAAAAAGUUGGGAAACCGAAACACUCGUUUCCGGGUGUAAAGUGUUUGGAUUCCAAAUAGUUCGAGAACUAUGCUGUUCAAAAACCGAGGUACCACUGUAUUGCUCCACUCUCUCGCCACAUGGAUACACCAACCUUUCCUUCUAAACUAAAACCUUAGUACAGUGGAAGCUCUACUUAUGGAUGUAAUCAGUUCCAGAGGUCCGUCUGUAAGUCGAUCCGGGUUGCUGGUAGAAGCACCGUUGUGCGCAGGCGCAUUUGGUGGCAGCAUGCUUCUGCGUGUGCGCGAAUCACAGCAAACCCGGUACAGUGGUACCUCGGGUUACAGAUGCUCUGGGUUACAGUCGCUUCAGGUUACAAACUCCACUAAUCAGGAAGUGAUUGUUCCAGGUUAAAAACUUUGCCCCAGGAUAAGAACGGAAAUUGUGUGCCAGCGGCGCAGCAGCAGCAGCAAGAGGCCCCAUUAGUGAAAGCGCGCCUCAGGUUAAGAACCGUUUCAGGUUAAGAACGGACCUCUGGAACGAAUUAAGUUCUUAACCCGCGGUACCACUGUAUUUACUUCUUGGUUUGCCGCGGUCGCAACUUGGAUCGGGCCCAAGUAGAGGCGGUCGUAAGUAGAGAUUCUACUGUAUUUAGGUUAAAUUGCCGUGUUGGCACUUUGCAAUAAAUAAAUGGGGUUUGGGUUGCAGUUUGGGCACUCGGUCUCUAAAAGGUUCGCCAUCACUGCUCUAGAGACUCUGUGAUGUUACAUAGUGGAUGUAGCAGGAAAGGAGACUUGGUAUAAAGUGGAGAACCCUCCCUUGAGCUGUCAUUUCAUUGGAUUCAAGCCAUUACGUGAAGGGUGGGGAGCUGUUGCAGUUGGUAGACGGAACAUUUCUCAACAAAUUUAAUUCACUUUUGCCACAUGUUUUCUAGAAAGGAGAAUAUUAAUGGCUAAAGUUUUAUUGUCAAGUGUUUCCAGCUAGCUACAAUUCCCUUUAGAAAGCUUGGUUCAUAUCAUCUCUGGAAUUGUGAUGUGCUCUGGAAGGCAAAUCACAGAAAAAAUGUAAGUGGCUGUGUAGCUUGCCAGCAGUUCAGCAAAAACAUAGGAAUUUGGUUAGAAGUACUGAAAAAAAGCCUAGGGUAUUCUCUAUGCUCUCUUCUGAAGUUUUUCUUCUUCUAAGAAACCUCUUCUAUAAAGCCUGGUAAAAUGUCGCAAACAUUUAAACAUGUAUUAUCAACGUGUUUAAAUUGCCAGUGUUGCUCUUAGGUUUCAGAAGCAUAUUUUGAAAUAGAGAGUUUCCUAUUUUUUUCUCUCUUUUCUCUCCAGUGCACCCCCACCCCCUGCCCAAGUAGCUUCAUUCCAAUCAGCAGUGUAAUUGGAAUGCAACCACAGUCUGGAGGAGGAAAGGAAAUUUUUGGCAAGAGGCAGCAGAGCAGUUGGGAGAUUUAUUCAGAUUAAAGCAUAGUCUAUUCAUUAUCAGCGCAGCGCACAUUAACAGCAGUGUAGCAUUGUGUUUCUACAGCUGGGACCUAUUUUUAAUUAUUAUAUUCCUUGCAUAAUGCAUGCAAAACAGCUGGGAACCAAUCAGCAAAAGCCAUGGUAAUGACUUUCAGUGAAAGAUUAUUUUGGAUAGCCUAGGGAUUUCCCACCCACCCCCCUCAAGCUUGUGGUGCAGAACUUGCCCUUUUUUGUCUUGUCCUCUUUCUUACCAAUUUUAAAAUGCAUCCUUUGAGAAGCAAGAAUAAUGUUGUAUUAUUGAAUCUUUUGUUUUAUUUUGGUGGAGCUAAUGAUCGACUUCACAAAGAUUCAGUUGUUUUCCUGCAGUGUUGACAUCAGAAAACUAGAGGAUUAGAAAACAAAUUUAUCUUUGGACCAAGUUAUUUUUUUCUGCUGUAAUGUUGCUGUUUGCCAGCAUGAAAUUUGUUACUUUCAGACAUUAGUAAUAACAAUAAUGUAACAGUUCAUAGAUCAGCCUUAUGUUUCAACAGUGGAUAAGACUUAAUGACUGUCUUUGAUUUUUUUGUUUUAAAAUGGUGUAAAAUUAUAAAAAUGAAAACAGGAUUAUAAACAUUUGUUCUAUGUUAAUUGAUGUUAAGCAUGUUAAUUGUAUGGAGUGUUGACACUAAAGACAUUUUAAUUUAAGGUCUUCUAAGUUAUUUAUGGUAUAUGGGCCUUUAAAAAUUCCAAGUGCUCGGUUGCCCAGGUCUCUAAAACCAUGAUGCUGGUGCCUGCAUAUGUAAACAUUUUCUCAGUUUGUUCCUAGAAAUUGGAUAUAUUUCUCCAGACAUAUUAUUGAUUUCAUUUCAGGGUUUUUUUGUGCAGUGUUUUAGCAUGGAAACUUUAGUAAGCGCUGCAUAAGAAAAUCUACAAGAAAAAGUAUAAUUUUAAUAAUGUUAGUUGCAUUCCAUUUUUAAUGAAAAGAAGCUGUCACUCAAACUAUCCCCAGAAAAGUGCUUCUCAUUCAAUUAAAUGUUCACCAAAAUAUUUUUGCUUGGAUUAUUUCUGCUUCUGCAGACUUUUAGUUUUGAAAAAUAUUCAAUGUCAAGUAAGCUGUUUGCCUGAGGCAAGUUGCAGUUACCCUGGGUGGAAAACAGUAAAUUCAUGUAGGCAGUCAUCAUCUGAGCUUGGCCUUGAGGCUUAACUGUGUUUGUUUGUUUUUAACUUUGAACAAACCACACCUGUAAGCUAUGGGUUUUUUGUUUAUAAACUCUUGUUAAAUUUAACUGUGUUGUUGUGUUAGGAGUGAGUCUGGUCCUUGUGUUGUUCUAAGGGGGAAGGCAUCGUGUGUCACCUCGGAAAGCAGAUGAGUGCAUGCAUUUGCUUGUGGCAUGUGGAUUGGGCAAGUAGGGUGACUGUCUCCUGAACAAUUAUUUGCAAGGAUUGAAUUAAACAGAGUGUAGGGUAGACUCAACAGUGUACCUAACAAAUUCCAAAUUCUCAGUGGGAACGCAACUAUUUAAAUCCAGAUACAUGGGUUCCUUAAAAUUGCAACCCCUCCCUCCCUUUUCCUUCUUUAAUGGCAUUGUACUUUCUGCCUCCAGCGAUAUAAUAUUUGUUCAGAUUGAUUGUUCAGCAUGUUGUUUAUAGUCAGUAAGAACAGCAGUUUCAAAAAUGGUUCCGCCUCUAUCGACUUUUCUCUCUCUACUACCUGCCCCCUGAUUUUGUGGUGUUUUGCAAGAAAGGAACAUGCAGAACUACACCUGCAACAAAUGUUGCUUAGAGAGAGCUUCUGUGCCCCGCCCCCAAAUAAACUAAAGCUUUACUUGAUUAUAGUAAAAAGGCUCAUUUACUCGUUUUUUUGUUCUGGUGCCCUUCUACAACUGGGAACAAAAGAUAAUAGUAAUGUUGGUUUCUGGCAAUUAAUAAUGAGUUCUCUUGCUUCCUCCAGUGUCUCAAAAAGGCACCUACAUUAAAAUUGUUUGGAGUGUACAGUUCAAAUGUUUGACAGCUCUAGCAUUUAUGAAUUUCCUUUUGAAAAGUUUGAUUGUAGGAUUCCUGGUUUGGAGGCAAGGGAAGACAAUGGCACUCAUUUUUUAAAGGCAAAUGAUUUUUUAAAAAUUUCUAAGGACCUUAAAAAAUAUUGGGUACCUUCCCAUUAAUCUGGAGACACCGUAAAUUGCCAUAGCUGUAGACAGAAUGUUGGGUAAUGUGGACAUGUGUUCUUUAAAAGUCAAGUUGGGUGGAGUUUUCGUUUAGUCCUUGAGCAUGAACCAGAAACAGAAUGCCAUAUUUAGGAUCCCAAAGGAAUUUUCCUUGGGUCAAAUUAAGGAGAAUGUGAUUGCCUUCAGUGUGUAGUGUAUGCCCUUGUUUGAUUACGUCAUCUGCAGUUCUGCUGGUAUCUUUCUGUGGAACACCUACUCUGCUUGUGACAUACUUAAGGUUAGGAUUGUAUAGACCCGGCUUGCCAUAGAGGUUUAGACCUUGUACUCCUUACAUGUUGUCACUUUAUAAUAUGAACCAAUCUCCAAAGAAAGUUCUGUUAAAAUAUAGGGAUUGGAUUCAGAGACUCUCUGCAUGGAGUUCUGCUCACAGGAUGUUUCUGCCACGUGUUUCUUCCCUCCCCACACCCCAAUUAUGAACAAAAUGUGUGAAAUUGCAAUGUAUACUUGUCAGGAUUGUAGUAAAUGUUUGGAAUUAAUAUGCAUAUUUGGAAUGAAUAAGCAAUAUCUGUUCAGACUAGCAAGAAUGAAAAUAUUUAUUUGAGUGUGGGCGAGAUGCUCUAAAAAUACUGUUCCCUCUAAAUGACUAGGAGAGGCUCCUAACACUACCAGAUAAUUUCUCUUCGCUGUAAGAUGCAAAUGAAAUUGUCGUUCAUUGCCCACAACUCAAGGGGUAUAACAUUUUGUGUGUGUGUGUUCAGAUCACUAUGUUCCAUGCACACAGUUGGCGGGACAUAGCCCAUUGGACAGUGUUGUUUUCUCCCCUUUCUUGACUCUUCAUUGUUGACACACAACCCUCUCUCAACACUUUGAAGUGGGUCCUUGUUACCACCAUUUUAGCAUUGUGGGUGUAUGUUUGUUUUUACGAGUUUCAAAUUGGUGCACAUGCACUGUUCUUAAUUUUGUGUGUGUAUUCCACCACAGUGCAAUUGCACAGCUCUGAGAACUGGAUGUUUUUACAAACCGUUUGUGGCAGAGGGCAAGAGGAUUACAGUCUUACUUUCCAAUAAACAUUAUUGCAUUCAGACUUCAGGUCCUGAGUUUUUCUAGUAAGUUUCACCACCCAACUAGGAAACUUGCCCACUUGUUUUUUCUAGUCAGUUUCACAACACUGUUCGUUAAUAUUGUUAUUCCACUCUUACUAUAGUCUAAAAAAGAAAGGACAGGGAAGCAAGCAGUGCUGUGGGAGUUGAGGACAGCUCAUACCAAGAGAAGAAGCAAUCAAUUAAACUUUUUGAGAGCUGAGAUCCAUAAGCAAAACAUUGUAAAGGAGCCAAAAAAGCAAAGCUCUUUAGGGAAAGGACUUUCAGUAAAAGAAGCGAAAUGGUUCUACAACUGGUUGAUGGCAAGAAACCUGAUGGCAAUAAAUAAAGGAAGGGCCUCACCAACACGUCAUCCAAUUUCCCCAGGGACCACUUCUCUCACCUUACCUCAGUUGUACAUUUUUCUGUUUGCACCUGGAGAGAGAUUGCUAUGUUGCUCUUUCCCUCCAUAAUGGAUUUUUCUGUGGUAAGAAAAAAGAUGCAGCAGUGGGAAAAUACAAGUUUUGUACAAAUGGAUCAUAACAACUUGCUCCCUUUGGUGUAAUUAAAAGAAACAAACCAUAGCAAUUGGACAAUAAGCAUAUUGUCUGGAAGCACUCUAUGAAAACAAUGACUGCAACCAUAACUGAGGUCAAAGCCCUGGUCAUUUUAAUGGAAUGAUGCAAGUGUGUGGAGAAAUGGGGCAUGCGUUUGAGGAAGAAUAAGAAAGAAGACAAAAAUACAUUUCAGAUGUGUUAAUAUAUUAGUUCUAUAUCUUCUUCUUUCUUCUUUCUUUGGUGAUCACUUGUAGCCAAGUAAGAUUGUCUUCCAUGAACACAGUCUUAAUGGUGUGUCCAUAGGUGGCUGUGGAUUCCAAUUCUGGAUCCACAUGUCUUUGCACAGUGGGGUCAUAGGUUUCUGGGCAGGAGUUGAUCAUGGUGAGGGUUUUGCCAAAUGUGCCUUCCUCUUUGCUUGUUUCUGCCUUUCAUCCUGAGUUUGAGUGUCUUCAGAGACCAUUACACCUUUGGUAAAGGCUGUUCUCCAAUUGGAGCGCUCGCAGGCCAGUGUUUCACAGUUGUCGUUGUCAUUUUUUAAGAUUUGCCUUGAAGAGAGUCUUUAAACCUCUUUUGUUGACCAUCAGCAUUACGCUUUCCAUUUUUAAGUUCAGUAUAGCAUAGUUGCUUUGGAAGACAAUAAUCAGGCAUCCAAACAACAUGACCAGUCCUGCGAAGUUGAUGUUGAAGAAUCAUUGCUUCGACACUGGUGAUUUUUGCUUCUUCCAGUACACUGGCAUUAGUUCACCUGUCUUCCCAAAUGAUAUGUAAAUUUUUUGGGAGACACCGUUGAUGGAAUCUUUAGAGGAGUUGGAGAUGGCGUUUAUAAGUGGUCUGUGUUCCACAAGCAUACAGUAAGGUUGGUAGUACAAUAAUUUUGUAAACAAGCAUUUUGGUUUCCCUGUGAAUGUCCCAGUCCUCAAACACUCUAAACUUCAGUCAGGAGAAAGCUGUACUUGCAGAGCUCAGGCAGUGCUGGAUUUUGGCAUCUUUGUGGAAAGAUAGCUGCCUAGGUAGGAGAAGUGAUCAAUAUUUUCCAACAUUACACCAUUAAAUUAGAUUCGUGGCAUUGCAGACGGGUUGUUUUGUGCUUGUUGGUGCAGCACUUUGGUUUUUUGGAUGUUGAGCAAUAGACCAAGCCUUUUGUAAGCUUCUGCGAAGAUAUUUAGGAUGGCUUGGAGGUCAUCCUCUGAGUGUGCGCACACUACGUUUUCAUCAGCAUAUUGAAGCUCUGUGGUGGAAGUUAUGGUCACCUUACUCUUUGCUUUCAGCCUACUCAAGUUAAAGAGCUUUCCAUCUGUUUGAUAUAUGAUUUCUACCCCAGUGGGGAAUCUCCCUUCGACAAUGUGUAGGAUCCUGGCAAUGAAAAUAAUAGAGUUGGGGCGAUAACACAUCCCUGUUUAACACCUGAUCCCACUGUGAAUGGUUCUAUAUACUGGUACAUCUUCACAGAUCAUGGUUUUCUAUUAUGCAAAUGAGUUCAGAUUUGUGGUGUUAAAUUGCCUGGCUUGCUGGCUUAACACUAGUAUGUCCUGUGUACUAAGGAAAUAGUGUUUGCUAUAAAAUAAACAACUGGUGAACUUUUCUCCAAGUCACAAUCAUUCAACCUUCUCCCCCAAUUGUCAUUGCCAUUAUACAUAGCCCUCUACCCAGUAGCAUAAGCAAAAAGACAAUUGUCUCUCUGAGGAUCUUCAUUUACAUUUCAUAAAGGGAAAAGCAAGAGAGGAGUGUGGUGUUAGUAGAAAGGAAUGAAAAUGAGGACGUGAGUUGGGGUUGAUCCCUAGUCCUUAACUCAAAUUUUAUUUUAGCUGAAGUCUUCAAGGGAAAGGUAACUUUUGAGAAGGGAUUUGAAGAAAGAACUAUUCAAGGAGUGUAGCAGUGAGUUUCAGCAGAAUAGAUAGCGUCAUCUAAGUGGGCAGGAGACACUGAAUUGUCUAGAGGGUGGUAAAGUUGCAGGGACAAUAAUUAUAGGCAAGAGCAUAAUUGGAAAUGAGGAUAGAGAGACCAAUACUGGUUAAGGCUCUAGAUAACUAUGAAUGUACAGACAAUACAUUUUUGCUGGAUCUGGAAGGGGAAGAGAAACUGAUGUCAAGAUUUGGGAAAGACGAUCACAUGAUCUGAUCAGCAGAAGUUAGUUAUUUUGUUAAUAGAGUCUGUUUUCGGGUGUGGAGAUAAAAGAUCAGGGACAAGAAGGUUGCAGUAGUCAAGAUAGCAGAUAUUUGAAGUAUGAAGUAGAUUUUUAGCUAAGAAGAGGGCGAUGGAGUAACAUAGUUCAGGUAAUAUGCACAGAGAAGCAAUAGGACUUGGUAGUCGAUUGAAUACUGAGAGCAAAGGAAAGGGAGAAAUCAAAGAUAAAGCCUGGGUUUCAUGCUUGGUCAGCAAAAUGGAUGGUGACAAUAUCAGUUGAUACGGGGAACAGUUGAAGAAAUUACUUGGCACAGUUGAGUCUUGGAUGCAUAGAAUUUGAGACAAUGGUAAUAUCCAAUCAGAAAUGUUGGAAAUCCUUCUAGGAUUUGGUCAGGCUAUAUAAAGCAUAUUCUGAAUUGAAAUGUUCUGUUUAGGCAUUGAUAGACCUAUCCUCUGUGAGUUUAUCUGGUCCCCUUUUAAAGCCAUCUGAAUCAGUGACCAUCAAUAUAUCUUUUGAGCAUGAAUUCCAUAACACAAAUGGAACACUAUAAUAAUAAGUAGAAGCUUUUAUUUUCAGGAGGUCUUGGCAUGUGGGUGUCUUUAGAAAGUCUGUCUUCAAACAUAAGUCAUUUUUGGACAGAUAGUGACAUUUAGUACUAAUUUGUUAGCUUCCACUGAUGAAAAUUGAACCACAACUACAAUAUAUACAAGAUAUACGCAAUACAUGUUAGGAGAUUAUAUGUAGAUAAACUAUUUGUAUUCCAUCUGGUGUGCUCUGUGUUUUGAUUCUCAAAUGAAAACUGGGGAUUUUUAAAAGAUUUUUUUAAAAAAAACACAGUUUGUUUAAUUCAAGAGAUUCAGAAUAUGCAGGCCAUAUUUACAUGUGGGUGGGACCAACCACCUGACAAUCACCUGACAUCAUAGGAUACCAGGGGAUUCAAAGUUCAGUCUGGAAGCAGGGAGAGGCUUAUUUCCAAUCUUAGCACUGUAGUUCCACAAUAUGGAUUAACACCAGGUGUUUUCAGACUGUUACUGUCUGCUCUUUAUUAUUUAAGAUUGCACCUAAAAAUCUGAUAAAAUCUGAUAAAAAGUCUGAUAAAAUCCUAUGAACAUUUCUAAUAAAUCAUAUACAGAUGUGGGCCUGGUUUGCAUGUCACAUUAAAAAACCACAGAAAUGAACCACAAGCCUAGGUUUGGAUGUCCCAACAAGCCAGACUUUGGCUUCUUUUUGGUGGCAUGGCAGUGGUAGGAACAGGGAAGCGGCAGAGUGAGAACUCUUUGCAUUCACAUUUAAGUCAUAGUUUAUAAAUGUGGUUUAACGUGAUGUUUAGCAAUACAGUACAUGUGAUUGUGUUGCUGUUCUUUUGUAAAUGCUUUGUAGAUAAAUCUAAACGUGUUUCAUAAUGUGUUUUGUUUUUCUUACAGUUCUGUGUGCAAAAAACUUGGUGAAAAAAGAUUUUUUCCGUAAGUAAAUGUUUAUGUAUUUGUCUCCGAAUUCUGUUACACAAGGUUUGAAUGUCUCUUUGCCUUGGCUACCAUGUGGUAAUCAGCCAGCUAAGUCAGAGAGCACUAAUGUGAUUUUAAAUGCAUGGCCACAAUUUUUGUGGGAAUCUAAGGUUCAAGGCAAUGAUCCAAAGGGCUAUGCAUGUUUAUUGCACAAACAAUGCACACAGUUGGGUUUUUUUUGUAGUAUUGCCUUUUUAGAAGCUGUUAUCUCAAAACAUGAAAAGAACUCAGAAAGAAAGGUGGAAAUUGUUAGGAGAGGAGCUGAACAGGGGGACAGCAGACUAGUGUGAAAAAUGCUUUCAUUCAGGCUUCCCUUUAGUAAAUGUGGUGUGAGAUCAUGUAACAAGCCUUGGUUCUAGCUGUAGUCUCUUGUGUACUAUGUAAUAUUUAUAAAUUUGUAAAUUGUUAUAUACAUUACUUAGUCUGUGGUUACAUAAUCAGAUGUAUUGAUUUUGGAACUAUUGAAAGAGUCUUCCCAUUCUUUGAAGUAUUUUAGUGAGAACAUUUGUAAAGAACCACUUUUCUUCUAGUAUUUGGGAUCAUGGCCUACUGUGUCUUGAGGCACCUAUGCCACGAGUCCAAGCAAGCAAACUCUGAAUGGCAUGUGAGUUGUAAUAAAUAAGUAAAUAGAAAGGCCAGGCUUAUGGACUGCCUUAUGGAUUUUAUUGUAGAAAAAGCACCAGGGGGUCUCUCUUUUUCCUUUUUUUUCAAUGUUACAUUUGGCAACAAUGCUGAAAGGUUUGAUGCCUUCAAGAAGAGAGAUGACCGAGUAUAGAAGCAAGCUGAAAGGCCUCUAAGUUUCUUAAAAUUCCUUGGAUAAUGUAAGAAUACUAGUACUGUUCAGUGAAAAAGAGAUAACUUGGAAGAAUCAAAAUAUGUUAUAAAAAGCCAAUAUUUGGCAGCCAUUCAUGAUUAAGAUGUCCUAAUUUAAUUAUACUCCCACCCUAUUAUGUAUUUUUCCUCCCUUCUGACAGGGCUUCCUGAUCCAUUUGCUAAAGUGGUGGUUGACGGAUCUGGCCAGUGCCAUUCUACAGAUACUGUGAAGAAUACCCUUGAUCCAAAGUGGAAUCAGCAUUAUGACUUGUAGGUGUUGAUAGGAGUGAUCACAAUAUAGCUAGAAUUUGAGCUGGGCAUUGAUGGAUAGACUAGAAAUGUAUAGCAUUAGGUAGCCCCUGAUACUUUAUCUGUGAGUUGGUAAAUGUUUAUUAGCUUUUAAAAGCUUUAAAAGCACAGAAACUAGCUAGUUCUUUUGUGGUGCUUUUACAUCUGUAGCUAUUAAAGUGCUUAAUGGACACGGUGAGUAUAUUUAUUCUUCUGACAAUUGAUGAACACAGGCAUGGGAUGAACAGCUGUGCUACCAUACAUACACAUGAACGUGCACACACCUCUUUCUGGUCUCUCAGUUUAUUUGUGCAGUAAGUUACUGGCAUAAAAUUAGUUAGGCUUUUAUUGUAAUAUUUUCUUUCAUACAUACGUAAAAUAUUCUGCAUCUGCUUGCAUUAUAGCCCAAGAAGGCUCAAGAUCCUAGAAACAGGAUUGCAGAGUUGGAAGGGACCAUGACGGUCCCAACCGGCUACAAUGCAGGAAUCUUUUUGCCCAGUGUGGGCCUCGAACCCACAACCUUGAGAUUAAGAAUCUCAUGCUUUACCAACUGAGCUGAACAGAAGGAAAAUUGGUGAGGGAAAUGCUAGACUGUAUUGUGCAGCACACAGGGGAAUGCGAGGUCCAGGAGCAGCGAACAGACUGAGGCCAGUAGUGAGUUAAACAUGCCACAACUUUAUCAGUUACAACAUAUCAGAACUUUUAAUGCAUAGGGCAAAACUCCUCCUGUCGGACAACCUGCCCACUGGCAGAUGUUACUUCCGCAGCCUGCCUUCAGGGGAAAGAGCCGCUGGGCACAUAGAACCUCGACCCACUGCAAUGCAGUCUGCUCUGGUUGGCCCCAUCUACAACAUGAAUGUGUGGCAGCCUACCUCAGCCCUCUGUUGGCACAAAUCUAUAUCCCAGAAGUGGACUGUAUAAGUCUCUCUCCAGUCUGCUCCUCAGGCCUCCUGUCAGACAGGUAGCCAAAGCCUCUGAUUAGCCCCGACUGGGGUCAGGGGUCUGUCUGGUUGUCCCCUUAUCUGCCUUGGUAGCUGAUUCUGUAGAGCAUAAUACUCUUAAUCUUAGGGUCAUGAGUUCAAGCCUCAUGUUGGGCAAAAGAUUCCUGCAUUGCAGGGAGUUGGACGAGAUGACCUUUUUGUUCCCUUCGGACUCUACAUUUCUAUGAUUCUCCAUUUUCUCUGCAGACAGCAUAAAUGAGGCUAGCUGUGGCAAUGGCGUUGUCCAGGAAGUUCUGCGGUUUAUACUUAAAUAGUUGCAGCAGAGGGGCAAAUGUUGCAGUUCUGUAUUAGCCUGGGUUUGUGAUUCCCUAGAGUCACGAGGCUUUAGUACAAGGUGACCCAACUUUUCAUACCAAUUGGGCCACAAGAGUACCUUGAUACUGAACACACGGGCCGCACACUGCCUUGCCAUCCAGUGGGAGGUGAUGAAGUCAAAAUUUGACACACCCACCCUCCCCUCUUGCUGCCUUCCUAAAGUGGGCUGAGCAAUGCACCGGGCUUUUUGAAGGAGGCCCUAGGGCUGGGGCGGGGGGCAACAGAUGUUACUGAGGGCCUCAGGGCUGCAUGUUGGACCACCCUGGUUUACUAAGUGCUUGGGUCCCCAGCUCAAAUGUUUGUAUGUUGACAAAUGUAUGUUAACAGCAUACAUUGCUACGUCAGGACAAAAGUCCUGGGAGUAAGUCUGGUUGGAUCUAAUGGGCUUACUUCUGAGCAACCAUGCAUAGGACUUUGCUGAUGAUCUUUGCUUUUAAGUAACCUUACAGUAAUUAAGGAUGUUGAUGGAGAAAGGAUGCAAAACCCCCCACCAAAAAACCCCAUGUCAUUUAAAUGUAUUUAUUUCAACAUAACUUGACCUUCUGAUGAGCUUCAGCUGUUUCAGACUACAACUCCCAUCAGCUGUGCACUGGAUAGAGUUGAUGGGAGUUGUAGUAUAAAAAUCAAAUCAAAUCUGGUGGGCAGCAGGUUGCAGAAGGCUCACGUAACUCUUGUAAGUUCCCAACUCUUUGUGGAGAAUAUAUAUUCAGUAUUUCUUUUCAUUCACAGAAGGCUAAAAAAAUAACAUAGUACAGAUAAUAUGUAGUUUUCUGCCAAACAUUGGCGAUUAACCCAGAAGUCUGUGAUUAUCUGCUGUACUAUCCAUUUCAUACAGUAGAUUCUGAAAGUAUAAUAAUGUUUACCCUAACAACACACUGUUGCAUGGGAAUGCUGGUCUCUGACCUAUGACACAUUCAUUGUUAUAGGAAAUAACUUGCUUGGCAGUCAGUGAACAUUUCCCCCCUUAUGGAUACUGAAACUAUGGCUGUGUACACAGUACACAUUUAAAGCACAUUACUUUCCCUAAAGAAUCGUGGGAACUGUAGUUUGCCCCCCGAGUUAUAAUUCACAGCGCCCUCAACAAACUACAGUUCCCAGGAUUCUUUAGGGAAAGUAAUGUGCUUUAAAUGUGUGGUGUGUACACAGCCUAAGUGUGAAAUGGAUUUGUUGUGAUGUGAAACAAUGUUUAAAUUGUGUUUCAUGUACUUGGAUUUCUGUAAACUCUUUUAAAUUAUAUUUUGGCAUUACAAGAGGCAUGAAAUUAAUGUAAUAUCUAACUAAGGUUUUGAUGAGAGGGAACGGAAAUAAAAAGAUGAUAGAAUUAGUUCAGACUAGUUAGUGGAAAAAUCUAGGACCUCUUCCAGAAUUAUGUCCUCUUUUAUGUCAUCAACUUGAAUGUCAACAAAAUGUUGCCCAUUUUUGUUAAGCACUCCUCUAAUGCAAUCUUCUUAUUUCCCAUUUAUUGUAUGUUUUAUAGCUUUUCCAGUGCUUAAAGAAUGGCAUGCCUCUGUAGAAUUUUCAAAAAAACAAGCAUGACAUUGGUUAGAUCAAUUUGAUGUUGUAAAUGGAGAUGUCAAGGCAAUAAAAAGCUUUUGUCAGAGAGGAUUAAAAAUCAGUUUCUGUUGGUUUCUUGCUCUCUACUGUAGAUAGAAAUAUUGUCUCUAUCCUGACAAGCAAAGUGGGCUUUUCCAACACAGAUUUUUCAUUCUUAGUGGCUGCCUACAUUUGGUUUCCCCCUCCCAAACAGAGUUCUGUCACAGAUUUUUAGUUGGGUGUAGAACACAGUUGGUUAACCAGUUUGCUGAAAGUCAGAUCCAGUGAAACAAAUAUAUUGAUUUAUUGUCUAGAUUUGAAACUAGUUUCUGGGACACUAGCAUUCAUAACUUUGUCUUUGCUCACAUACAUGCUUCCAUUAUCCAAAUUUACCAUAUGUCAAAGAUUAGAAGACCGAGGAGUGAAGUGCAGCGUUAGAUGGAUAAAUAAUGAGAGAGUCAAGUGAAUGAUUGGUCUUAGCUGCUAUUUGAUACAAUUUCUGGUUUUUCAUUUUUUUGUCGUUGUUUCGUUUCAGUUUGAUUCAAAAUAAAGAUACAUACUUUUAUCAGCCUUCAAGUGAACAGUAGGCUAGACGAAAAGCUUUUUUUCCAAAAAGCUCAACGCAACCAUAAAGGAAAUGUUUUUCUUCCUCUGGAAAAACAUUAUUUACUUGGCAAGACGAUUUUGCAUUGAUUCCUAUGCUAAACACAGGGACUGUGUGUCCUUUAGCAAUUCCUCAGUUUCUUUGAACCAGCUAGAUCCAAUAGGCAUAGCAGCCUCUAUCCUGAACAAACAAGACUUGCGCAGAACAUUGUAAUAGCUGAAAACGUAAAUAUAUUUAUAAAGUUAUGUAUUAAAUACAUUUACCAUAUGCCUUCAUGUUAUGAAUUUUUUUUAAGAGCACUGGGAAAGGCUUUACAGUGAGCACAGUUUUUAUUUAGCGCCCUGUAACUUGUUAUGGUUUUAAAGCAGGCGGACAGAAUAUGAACAAGAUCAGCUUCACUUUUCCUAUUGCUUAUCAGGCACUCUUGACUUCUGAAUAGAAUUAUAUUGGAAUAGUCAUGGUGGAUGAAAUCAAAAUAUGACCUGUCAGAAAACUACAUUAAUCUCUGUUUAUGUUGCUGACAACUAAUAAUUUAUUGCCUCCCUCUUUGGGGAGGAAUGGUGGGAUAUAAAUUAAAUAACUAAAUAAAUAACAUUAAAUAACUAAAUAAUACAAAACUGUGCAUUGCUUUUAAUCUAAAUAUAACUAGAGUUCAAUUUCACCCCCUGCUCAGUAGCACUGUUCCCUCCUGUGAUUGUUUGCUGAUUGUUAUGCAAGCUGCCAACAGAAAUCUUGGGCCUUUUUUUGCAUGUAGGCCUUCAGAUAGUGUGGAGCAGGGCGGGGGCAGCAGUGAGGCGGGAGGAAGUGUUCCCUGAACUUGAAAAAAAAUUACCCUUGUAAGUCUUGGAAGGUACAACAGGGUUUUGGUCUGCCAGUCCUGACAGCUUCAUUUAUGGUUAGAUAACUAAAGAUAUAUUACAGCUCUGCGGGUGGGGGAAGUAGAUAAUUUAAAUGGGUGAAUGUAGGAGGAUAUGCUUUUAGUAAGUGGAAUACUUGGAUGUUUGUACUAACAGGGAAUGUGUAAUGGAAGAAGACUGCUAAACAUCUUUCAGGGAGAACCAUAAUUCUUAAAUUUUAUAUCCCCCCCAGGAUUAAACACCCUAUGAUAUACCAGCCAUUUGCACUUAGACAUACUGUCAUUGUCUAGCCAAAGGACGACCGUGUUUGAUUUACGCAAGACAUUUUGAAAAGCUCUUUUGAAAUUCCUUCGUGUAAAAUCUGUUUUACAAAUAAAUUACUAGGGGAGCUUUUGCCAAUCUGUAGCAUGCAGUUCCUGUGAAUCUGACCUCUUCUGCCAGGGGAAACCAUGUUUACACUUCUUAGCUGCAAAAACACACUGAAGUAAAAAAAUAAAGUGUAUUCCAUAGACUGUCCAAAGAGUGCAGUUAACAAUUUGUGUUGCUCCAAUUCUUGUCCUUUUUCAGAUACAUUGGGAAGUCAGAUUCGAUAACGAUCAGUGUAUGGAACCACAAGAAAAUUCAUAAAAAACAGGGAGCUGGUUUUCUGGGCUGCGUAAGACUUCUUUCCAACGCCAUAAACCGCCUUAAAGACACUGGUUGUGAGUAGACCCUGAUUUGGAAUGAGCUUUUUAGAAUUUAAAAUUUAUUAUUAUAUAAAAGCAAUCUUUUAUGAAAACAAGCAUGCUUUUCCCUCACUUAAUAAAGUACAGACAUGUUUAGGCAAAGAAAAACUUCAUAGUGUAUGCGGGUAUUAAGUGAUUGUUGUAGAUUGUAAACUGUGCUGUUUUUUCCUCCAUAGAUCAGAGGUUGGAUCUGUGCAAACUUGGGCCAAAUGACAAUGAUACCGUUAGGGGACAGAUUGUAGGUAAGUGCAGAUUUGAUUUUGCUAAUUUGAAUAUGUGGUUUUAACACGUAGUUAAAAUAUCAAAGAUUUUACCAUCUGAAUUUGAAAAAGUUCCCCCUAUUACUGACAUGUGUUUGGGCUCCUGUGUAGAGAGCCUGCAAUCUGAGAGGCAUGGAGUUUGAUGAAUCCCUACUCAGUUUUGGCAGAAAAUCCCACUUACAUUGUGUGACGCAGCUGCCAUAGCUACGAAACAUGGGCAAAAGUUAGGCAAGGCUGUCAUGGUACAGACUUGGCUGUAAUUAUGAUUUUAUUAUUUAUUGCAUUUAUAUCCUAUCUUUUCCCCCUCCUCAGUUAAUCCCCGUAACAAACCAGUGAGGUUAGGCUGAGUGGCAGUGACUGAACUGAGGUCACUCCUUGAGCUUCAUGGCCAAGUGGGGAAUUUGAGCCCCGGGCUCCUAGGACCUAGUCCAACGCAUUGACCACUAUGCCACACUGUGUCUUACUAGGUUGUUCCUGCCUCUCUUCCUCCUCCUGCAUAUGGGACAUGUGAGGCAGGACAGCCUUUUGGAGAGCUGUCAGUACAAAGGUUUACAGUGUCCAAAAGAGGGUUGUGGAGGGGGGGGGAUGGAACAUGCUGGGAAUCACAAGAUUGGACUCAGGUCUGUUUUUGGGCUUCUCAUGGGCAUCUAAUUGGCCUCUGUGAAAAGAGGAUGCUGAGCUGUGGAUCUGAUCAAGCCAGCUCUAAUAUUGUUCUUAGAAAUGGAGCAUACUAAACCAGGUUGUAUCCAGUAUUCACAGAAGAUUCUUUGAUCCAGUGAAGUAUCCCAUGAACAAAAGCAGAAGUGCGGUAUUUCUUCAGAUUCUCCCGCAACCCCCUGUUUACCUCCCAAACUAUUCUCAAGGGUUAUCCAAGUCUCUGUAGCAGAUUGUGGGGGGCGGGGAGUGGGGAGCGCAGAAGGAAACAGGAAUAAUAGCCUCUCCCUGUUCUAUUCAUGAAAAUGUCUGCUGGCUUAAAUUACCUUCUGUGAAUGGAAAGAUGGCAUUGGAUGCAAUCUUCUAAAUCUGUGUAUCAUCUUCCUUGCGUUUAUGUUUGUGAACACUAUCUUGAUUUUCUUCACUCCAUUGUGAGCCUUCCCUAACGUGUUAUUAUUACUACCUUUAUUUGAUUGGGAAAAUGUCUAGCACCCAUAGAUUUUGCAAUGAUGAUGAAUCAGGCAGGGAUUAAGGUUCUUUUCGGAGAUUUAAAGUUCAGCCUACUUUGAAUGCUUUUGAAGCUUCAUUAAUUUUCAGUGGGAGAGAGAUAAGCAGAGUACUAUUUCCCCAUUGAAAUCAGUAGGCCUUAACAUUGCUUAACUUGAGCUGGAUCAAAUCCAUUACAUUUCAGCCCUUGAAAACCUACCUGCUGCCUAUGUGAGUGUUUUGUUUGAAUAGGAGCAGACAAAAGUUACGUUUGCAAAUGUUGCUCUGGUGCUUUCAAGUGAUGGUGCCCUGAAAGAGGAAGCUAUUUGACAACAUCAUUGUGAAAAAUCACACAUUAUAUAUUAUACAUUAUGUUUUUAGACCAUUACUGCAUCAAUGAUAAAAAAGAACAACAGUGGAUUUUACCUAAAGGUCCUUGGAUGGAAUGAAUUUCCAUUCAUAGGAGGAGACUUCACAAAAUGCAGCCUUUGGAUCCAACCCAGAAUAUCUUACAGUUUGAUUUAAUUUUAAGAGCUCACUUAUGUACUUAAGUGGUUGAGGUGAAAUGAUUUGACUUAAAUGAUGCAACAAAGCAAAGUACUAGAUUAUGUUAAUUGAUGUCUCGGUUAUCUCAUAACAUUUGCAUACUCAGGUCUGCCUGGGGAAUGUUGCCACUUGGGCAAGUGGAUCUGCAAGGUUUUUAUUUGCAAAUGGUGCCUCCCAUUCAGAAAGUUGGCGUGUCUUUUGGUUGCAAGGGGACCCAGCUUCUCUUAUUAUCUUUUGCUGGACAGGUGCUCAUUUUGGUCUAGACACAAGCAUUCACUUCCAAUCUAAACAGGAUUAGGAAAAGCACAUUAAUCUUAAUGCCACAGAAACCACAAAUAAUGUCGUGUGUUCAGUUUCAUUCUUGACUAACCUGUUUAUAAAAUAAACCUAGCUACUUAGGCUUUCACAGGCAGCCUUUAUUUUACUGUUUACAGCACUUCAGGCACAAAAUUGCCAGGCUGAUGUUCUAUUGCGAAAAAUCUUCAGGCAUAAGAAAUACUACCAAAUGGACAAAGCUUGCCAUUUUUUAAAGGGAUGUUCGUAUGUAUUUUUUCUGGAACUGUGAGCUGUGUAUUUGGACCCUUCUUACUUCUACAGUGUUCUCUGUCCAGCACUUCUUAUAGGCGUAUUUAAUGUCUAAAAGCAAUACACUGCUUUGUUUCCAUAAUGCUGAUCAAGAAUCUAAAUAUGGUUCCAUCUUGUAAAAUACAAGUGCCAAUCCAUAUUAAAGGGCAAAGUAAUUCUAAAUUCAGUGAGGAUUCCAUAUUUUAAGGAUUCUUGAAGCCAUGUUUACUAUUGGUGCUGUGGUCUUUACAGAAACAUACUCUUCUCCCUAUAGAGUUCUUGUCAGUGGAGGGUAGACCCCAAAUAUUAAGGAGUGAUGAGUUGGUUGAGAUCCUACUUCAUUUUUAAGUACAAGCCAAUCAGCCAGACCUCUCUGUGGAGGGAAUUCCACAAACAGGGCACCACCACUGAAGGCUUUUUCUCUGGUUGCCACCCACCUUACCUUAGAUGGCAGAGGUACCUCCAGAGAUGACUUCAGCAUAUGGGAAUAUUAGUAGGUGUUCCUCAUGUACCUGGGUCCUAAGCUUUAUAGGGCUUUAAAAGCCAGUACUCUGAAUUAUGUUUGGAAACAGUAUUGAAUUUAUUUCAAUACUAUUGACCAAUCAUGGUCAACAGGCGCAGCUGUUGCAGUCUACUGAGGCAGCCUCAUGAAUAACCACACCUAGAUGUCACCAAGUGAAGCUGCAGCUGGUAUACCAGCCUCAGUGGAUGAAAUGCACUCUUACCAGAGAGGAUACCUGGAUCCUGGGUUCAUGUAUCAUGGGAACUCAAGGUUAUUGCAGCUUUUUGGUCCCGCUUGUUCAAAGAUGAAAGCAAAGUUGGAAUGAUUAAGUAGAGUGCUGCUUAUUCCCAAUAAACCAGAAAAAACUAUCAAUCCUGCCUCAGUGCAGCAUUUGAAUGGGGCCAGUCUCAUCAUGUCUCUGUUGAAAUGGUGUGUAAAAAAUAAUCAACUGAAAAGAAGGCUUUUAAGACUGUAUCAACAAGUUGUGUCAUUUCUUUCCAAAUACAGUCGUGAUUUGAAUUGUAUUGUCGUACCUCUAAUUUUGGCCUUUGUUUGUUUGUUUGCUAGUAAGUCUUCAAUCCAGAGACCGGAUAGGUACUGGAGGGCAAGUUGUGGACUGCAGUAGAUUAUUUGACAAUGAUCUACCUGAUGGGUAAGAUAACAUUUUUACAUUUCAUAAAUGCCGUUUACAUAUUUGUCUGAUAUUUGCAGUGAUGAAAAAUGGAUGGAAGAAUACUAGUGUGUUCUAAAAAAAUAUUUACAUGUAGACUUAUUUUGGAGUUAGAGAUGCCAACCAGCAAUUUAACUUCAUGAAAAUACUGGACUGCAAACUCCCAUUAUCCCUGAACAUUUGCCAUGACUGGUGAGAGUUGAAGUUCAAAACAUCUGGACAGCAUUGGUUGGAAAAGGCAACUUCACCGUUAGAAGAAACUGUGUGUGUGGGGGGUGUGUGAAUCCUGAUAAAACUGAAACUAAAUCCUGAUAAGAUAGACACUGUGUGUGUGUGUGUGUGUGUGUGUGUGUGUGUGUGGUGAAUCCUGAUAAAACUGAAACUAAAUCCUGAUAAGAUAGACACAGUAAGUCCCCACAUCCAGUAACUUGUAUGUUUGCUUACCCUCAACACUGUUGUCCCUGAAAGAGCAGGUAUGUGAUUUGGGGGUGCUGCUAGAUUUAUCACUUUCAGUUGAUGGGCGAAUGACCUUGAUAGCAAGGAGUACCGAUUACUAACUGGUUGCUUUGCCAACCGCCGGCUUUCUGGGUAGAGUCAGUUCAGCAACAAUGAUAUAUGCACUGCUAACCUCAUGAUCUUCUAGGUGGUAUUGUAAAGCCCCGAACAACUUGGGUCAAGGUUAGCUAAAGUACUGUCCUUCUCUGUACAGCCCCCUAUACAGUCAGAUAUAUGGAGAAGGCCUUUCUGAUGGCGCAUUCUGCAAUAUGCAGAAUGCCACCUACUGGCAACAUAAAAGAGGGCCUUAUCCCUGGUGGUUCCUACCCUUAGGAAUGUCCUCUCCUGUGACUUGGGAGGUACCAGUAGUUGGGCACUUCUGAAGUUUAGUAGUAGCCGUGUUGUAGAAGUUGAUUAGUAGCCCUGAUGCUACUGCCCUAUAUUAUGGCUUGUCUCUGUAACAUUAACAUUAUUUUUAACUGUAUAGUUCUUUUUAUCUUUGUAAAAAUACAUUUAAAUAAAAAUGAGUAAUAUAAAAAUAGUGUGGAUAGUUAGCCAAAUGUAAUGUUCAUGUUAUGGUGUCUGUUGGCUAAAAGCUUCUUUAAAACAAACUUCUUCUAAAUAUGGUGAUUUUCUUUCAAUGUAUAAUUCUAGUUGGGAAGAAAGGAGGACGGCCUCUGGAAGAAUUCAGUAUUUAAAUCAUAUUACACGAACAACACAGUGGGAGCGACCAACACGGUAAGAAUUAUUAGAGAACACUGUACAGUAAAUUUUUCAGUGACUCAAGCUAAGCACUUGGGCUUCUUGUGGAUUUAAUUGGUAGGAGUCCAUCAUUCCUUGAAAUUGUUGCUAGUUAUUACCUCAGUUCCACAUCUCCCGAAUAGAGGUUCCUCCCAAAUAUUGCUCCUAUAAUGUAAAUCCUUCCUAUAUCCCUCUUACAGAGUCGGAUGUGGAUAUAACAGACUUGUGAUGCAUUACUAGAGUUUAUAAAUGGGACACAGGUGGUGCUGUGGUUGGCAGUUAGAAUCUGUGCGACCAGAUGAGCUCCCGUUGCUCUUCCCAGCUUCUGCCAACCUAGCAGUUUGAAAGCACACCAGUGCAAGUAGAUAAAUAGGUACUGCUUUGGUGGGGAAGUAAACAGUGUUUCUGUGCGCUCUGGUUUCCGUCACGGUGCUCCGUUGCUCCAGUAGCAGCUUAGUCUUGCUGGCCACAUAACACAUAAGUGUCUGUGGACAAAUGCCGGCUCCCUCAGUCUGAAAGUGAGAUGAGCGCUGCAACCCCAUACUCGCCUUUGACUGGACUUAACCGUCCAGGGGUUCUUUACCUUUACCUACCCUUUCCUGACUAGAGUUUAUAUUGCAGGCCAUUCCCACAAAUCCCUCACCCCUGCCCCACAGAUAGGGUUCUGGCCCACUGGCCCCCAAAGGUUCCCUGCUCCUCACAAAUGAAAACUGUAAAAUAAGAAUGCAAUGUUGGCAUUACUGUUUUGUAUUAGAUAAAUGACACUUGGUUAUGAGCCAGGUUAGUAUAGUUUUCAUUGUGGAAAGUGAUUUAGUAAAAUGGGAGAAGGGAAUUGGGAAUCGGGACUGGUCCAUAUUUGAGUUGUUGCCAUCAGGCCAUUAUUUCAUUUAGUGAGGAUUAGUCUGUACAUUAGUUGUCACACAUCAGUUUUCUGUUGGCUCCUUACUUGGUUUUAAGUAUUAUGUAUUAUGUUGUUAGAUUGUGCUUCUGUUGAAUAUAUUGUCAGGUCCUUUAUCUCUGCACGCUCUCCCACUUGCUCCGUUUGUAAUAGGAUACAAGCAGGGCAUAUGUUUCUCUGCAAAGUAGCUCUGGGCAUCUUGUGGCCACAAGCAGCCCUUGAUUUUUAUUACCAUGCUUCUGAAUAGCAUUGGAAUCCAAACUUGUGUGUUGCCUCGGCAUGUGUAUUAUAUCAGUGAUGCAUAACUUUUUAAUUGAAGCUCCCCACAGUUUAGGAGUCACCAGUGCGAUGACUGCAGGCAUACAUGUACUCAGAGAGGACUUUGCUCAGAAUUCCCUGCCCUUGCUGAUGAAAUGAGUCUUGAAAGAAGGGUGAUUUUAUAGCCAGAGAGUACGGUUGUGGGUGUGUGGUUGCCUGGAACGAUUUCUCCCGUUUGCAAAUUGCCCCAUGUGUCCAAAAAGGUUGGCAAUCUAUGGUUUAGAGACAGUUCUCUAAAACAGAGAGGUCUCAAAAACAUUAUUACUGUUAACAGGCCAGCAUCGGAAUAUUCAAGUCCAGGUCGACCACUGAGCUGCUUUGUGGAUGAGAACACACCGCUUACGGGAAUAAACGGCGCGACAUGUGGACAGGCAUCAGAUCCCAGGCUAGCAGAGAGAAGAGUGAGGUCUCAGAGGCACAGGAAUUACAUGAGCAGGACCCAUCUACAUACGCCUCCAGAUUUACCGGAAGGAUAUGGUACGCAUUUUUAAAACAGCGUAACUAUCUGUCUCUGUUUUUCAAAGGCUACUUCAAAGGACUAUUAUUCUGAAGAUCUAAUGAGAGGGAUUUCCCCCUUCACGCUUUCAUGAUACUGGUCUCAGUCCAGCUCUGGUGAUUUAAUUACUGUAUGGGUGUAGUAUACUGCUGGAGCUUUGCUGUGUGAGAGAAAAAUCCUGUUAAUUCCUAUUCUGAUCGUUGCUUCUUUUCCUUGAACUAUGGAGUGGUGCAAUUCACUAGUCCAGAUCUCAGGCUUCUAAUUUAAUCAGUUUCUGAUCCCUUGUAUAGACAUUGUAGAGGAAUAAAAUUGGCAGGCGUUACAUCCAGGAAGACAUGUUAACGAACAGAGCCUUUGCUGCAGAUGGUGAUAGAGGCAUAUGGCACAGAGUAUCAAUAGAUGAUAUGAGGGAACUGGGAAUGGCCUUAGAGAACUGCAUUAAAUGCUAACCGCUUCCAGGUUACGUCCCACCAUUAAUGCCAUUGCAUGAAAGGCAGUGCAGAAACACAAGAAACAAAGCUUUUCUCACUCUUUGAGAGACAGUUUUGGUGUUGCAUUUUUCCUUGUAUCCUUGAAGGCUAAUAAACACCUUUAAAAUACCUAGCUCUCUGGAGAUUCUAAGAGACAUAUCCUAUAGUACAAAGCAAUGGGUUGGAACUGACUGAAGUGUGUUACUUUGGGCCUAUUGAAACUAAUGGGACAAGUUAGCAAUGGCUAAUUCAGUCUGGAUCCAGUCCAGUGUAUUUUAUGGUAUGGCCAUAAAUAUGCAAAUUUCCAACUUUCUGUUUAAUAUGAUCCUCUAUCGUUACACCAGUUUAGGUAAAGGUAAAGUUUAGGGCUGCGGGUGGCGCUGUGGUCUAAACCACUAAGCCUCUUGGGCUUGCCGAUCGGAAGGUUGGUGCUUUGAAUUCAAGUGAUGGGGUGAGCUCCCGUUGCUCUGGCCCAGCUCCUGCUAACCUAGCAGUUCAAAAGCAUACCAAUGCAAGCAGAUAAAUAGGUGUGGUGGGAAGGUAAACGGCAUUUCCAUGCGCUCCGGCACAGUGUCCUGAUGUGCCAGAAGCGGUUUAGUCAUGCUGGCCACAUGACCCAGAAAUCUGUCUGUGGAGAAACACUGGCUCCUUUGGCCUGAAAGUGAGAUGAGCGACGCACCCUAUAGUCGUCUUUGACUGGACUUAACCGUCCAGGGGUCCUUUUUAUACCAGUUUAAGAAUGUAACUCCAUAUGUGUUAAAAAUUCACAGGAAAAAUUAACUCGUGCAUUAUUAUACUACCCUUGACUUCCAAAGAAAUUCUUCAGAAUUUUCAGUUCAUAAAAUACUUCAAAAUCCUUUGAGACCCACAUUAAAAUUGCAGUUCACUUCUGUUGCUAUGGCUCAGUGUUUCCACGUUAUCUUCCUCUCUGUGUAUAUGUGUGUCUCCUGCCCUAUGAUCUAAUCAUAAGACGAAUACAUGAAAACUUAACCUCUAAAGUGAGAGUUUCAACCCCACCCCAAGCUGCUCCAGAGGAUUAGGGGAAACCCCCAGAAUAGAUGAGGGGUACAGGGGAAAGAGGGGGAAAUGUCCUGCUGAGUCGGCAGAAACGCGUUUUGCUAAGGGGACAAUUUUGUUGGAUCCAGCCCAGAAUACAAAAGCCAACUGGGGAAAUAUAUUGUUUAAAAAUUAAGCUACCUCUACUCUUGCUUUGAUGUGGCUAUUAAAGCUAGACCAAGCACAAAAGUCUUUUUAACUGUUUUUCUCAAAGACAUUCAGGUUUUGACAAAUCUUGAGGGGAAGGGAAUUUAUAUAGUUAUUUCAAGUCUGUGAACUUGUUAACCUUUUGCAUGGGAUUUUCAUUAGUAAACGAAGCAAUCUUUUGUUUCCACAUUGGCACGUCUGAAUGAACAGAGCAAAGGACAACUCAGCAAGGGCAGGUGUAUUUCCUACAUACUCAGACUGGUGUAAGCACAUGGCAUGAUCCACGCGUACCGAGGUAAGCGGAUAAUUUGUCCUUUGAUGCUGUAAGUUAAAUAAAGUUGCUGUACAAAUCAAAUUAGUAAUAUAUACAUUGGCUAUAAUAGCCUGUUGGCAGGAGGUAUGCUAUCUAUGAAUCUGUGCAAGCCCAGAUUUUGGAAGUGGUAUCAGAAAAUUCAGACUCCAAAAAGCUCUGAUAUAAUUUAAAGCAAGAGAAACAGAAAGCUUACAGCCCCAGACUCUGAAGCAAUGUAGUGUUUGCAGUGCUUAGUGAAUUCACAGAGAUCUGAGAGGGACGGAGUAAGACUUUUCACUGAUCAGAUUUUAGUGCCUUCCAUCCUUUCCCUUUCUGUGUCAUGUGAGUAGUUUAAAACGGACCUGUGCGGAACUUUUGCAUACUUUUAUCAACUUGCCUCAGAAUUCUAAGGGAGGUUUUUUGGGCACAGAAUAUUCAAAUAUUUUUUAACAGUAUGCACAGCGCUGGCUGAUCGCUGAAAUGUUGAUUAUGCAUUUUUUCUGUUAAUAUUAAUUGACACGGGCAUAAAAUAAUUUUGUUAAAUCACCUGCUGCGUACAUAUUUAGAGCUAACUUGUUCAGUUCCUUGCAGCGCUAGCAUGGUGUAGUGAUCUGAGGGUUUGACUUGGACCGAUGAGAUCCGAGUUCAAAUCCCCACUCGACCAUGAAUCUCAUUAAAAGACCUUGGGUCAGUCCCUGUCUCUCAUCCUACCCUUCUUUACAGGGUGGUAGUGGGGCAAAGUUUUGGGGGAGAGCUAUGUAGGCUACCUUCAGCUCCUUGGAAGGAAGACGGGAUAUGAAUGAUAUAAACAUUGCUACAGGUUAGGAUGUUUAAUCUCUCUAGUAGAUUGGGAGGUCCUGUACAGUGAAAACUGUGUUAUACGGAGCUUUAGUGAUGUAGUGCCUGAAAUCACUAGCCCCAGAUCCCCCUGCCUGAUUUGAGGCAAUUUCUUCCCCUUCCACAGCAGCUCUGUUUAGGCUCCCUACUCCCCAGGAGAGCAUUUUGGCGGGGGGGGGGGCGGACAGGAGGAGGGAAAGCGAGACUGAGGGCUCAGCUACUACACAGCUGCAAAUAAAAUGUUUUAAGUGUGUUUUAAGUGCAACAUACAAUGUGACACUAGAUAGCGAUGGUGAGCCUUAAGGAAAAUUCAAUGUAUUUUUUUAAAUGCUUUUUUUAAAAAAAACAUUUUCAGAACAGUUUUUAUGUGUUUGUAGAUUCCACCUGACCGUGUGAUUGCCUUCUUUCUAGUCGUGCAAUAACUGGACACAACCCUUCUGGGAUUAUGAUUUUUUACGACAUCUAGUGGCUAGUUUUCUUAGUUGGCAAAAAUUGUCUGUGGCACACAUGCAUAAAUCUUCAUGGAAAACACCAGUAUUGACAAAUGUGUCUGUCCGCCUUCCACUGUUUCUAAAAAAAACAGAACUAUUCCGAUGUCCUUUAAAAACUGGCAUUAAGAACAUGCAGCUCCUGUAGGAAAAAGGAUUUUGUUUUCGUUUUAAGUCAGUAUCCCAUUAAUUACCAAUGUAGUUAUUUUCUUCUUAAAGCAAAAAACCUAGGUUGUGCGAUAACAGUUUUUCCAAGACCAGUGUAGCGGGAUGUUUUUCUGAGAGUACGUUUUGCUUUUCCUUUGGUGGGCUUGCUCCUUGAGAGUAGACAUUCCAGCUGUAUAGAUCAAGUUUCCGAAACAAUGCAUACUCUCAGGCUUCAUGGAAUUGUAAUGUUACUUUUACACUGGUUUGGCUCAGAGGUCAAAUACUGAGGGUUUUUUCUCUCUCUCUCAUUUUUAUGUUUGUUUUUGCAGGGAUCUUAGCAACAUCAAUUGUGAAGAGCUUGGUCCUUUGCCUCCUGGAUGGGAGAUCCGGAAUACAGCAACAGGCAGAGUUUAUUUUGUUGACCAUAACAACAGAACAACGCAAUUCACAGAUCCACGGCUAUCGGCUAACUUGCACCUGGUUCUAAAGUGAGUUCAUGAUGUCACCAGCACAUGCAGAUUAAUGUUUUGGAGCAUGAAAGUGGUUCUCUGGGAAUGUGCAAUAGGUUGAUUCUGCCACCUUGGGUUAUAUAACUCCUUUGUGUUGACUUAAGAUCUCUUGAGACUUUGUAGUCCUGGGGAGAAGCAAUCUGAAAUAUAUAUUAUUGAGGGAGUAUGUGGAAGAAUAAUUACACAACAAGGUAUUGCAGAAGCUUAGUGAUCUGCAUUGUCUGCCUUUAAUAUUUUAAACCAAUACAAAAUAAGUGCUUUGAAAUAUUCUUGGCAGCAAGAUUUUUUGGUUUCACUUUGAAAGAACUGAUUCAGUUGCCCUUGAGGAAGAGUUUUAAUCUGAAACGCAUAGGGCAAUAAAAUGGCUUUUUCGUCACCAUCUGAGCUCUUCUUUCCAUUCACUUCUGCAUUUAAUGCCUUCCUUGCUUUACUCUGUUAGCCAUGUUUCCAAAAGCAGAAGAGACUAUAUAAAUCAAAAUUGCCAUUGUCUAGACAGAACGAUCCGUUUGUUCAGACACUCCUGGAAUUUUAUUUCAUUGUUCUUCGCUUUAACACCUUUUAAAUGCUAUUUUGGGAAACACCUGCAUAGCAUUAAGUAAAUACUCCACAAAAGCUGGGUGCUUAGAAUGUGACUGGGCAUAAGAAUCCGCAGAGCUAGACUAGUGAUGAGACUCUGGAACCACUUUUUUAUAGGAAGGGAGGCUGUGGAAGGUAAAAAAGUAAAAGUUAAAUUGUCUUCAGUAUAUCUGAAACCGCUUAGUGUACCUUAUGUGCAAAUAUGCACAUAGUUUUGGAAGCUAUUUCUUACAGAAUCAAAUCUGUUUGGAAAUUUCGGGGGGUGGGGAUUUUACUCAGACCCAUUAAAAUUAAUGACCACGACUAACUUAGGCCCACUGGUUUUAAUGGGUCUACUCUGAGUAAACAUUAGUUAAUUAAAAUCUCAGGGCUGUGGUCAUCUCUUGGCUAGAAUGUCAAGCGAAUUCAAAUAUAACGUGUGAUAUUUGAGGAGUCUGUAGUUACCUACUGAAGAAGAAUGUAAUUUAAAAAAAUAUAUAUUACUAUUCUAAGAUAGUAAUUUGCAUUUGUUGUUUUUAAUUUUCAGUUUCCUAGCAGUAACCAAUUGACAUCUAUAAAAUUGUGAUCCUUAUAGAUUUCCAAGAUAGCUGUGACAACCUUCAGGUUGUCUUUCAGUAGGAUAAUCCUCAAGCUGUAAAAUCACAGAUCUUUUUUGCACUUCUCAGCCUAUUGCUACAACAUUUAAGCUUUCUCAUUCAUACAUCUGUCUUUCAUUAUGAAAGGAUUUCAGAAAUCCAACCAAUAGUCCAAUAGUGUCAUCAGCAAAGACCUCAGUCUGAUAAAUUUUCUCCAGUGUGUGUUACUGUCUGCUACAGUAAGGCGAGAUAUGUGAAGAUGAUUUCUCCCUUCUUUUCACUAAAGAGGAGAUAAUUUUUGUGGUUUCGAUAUAUCCAAAGCUUUAGAUUAGUUAAAAAAACAAAUGUACCUGUCUCAGUGAAGUUAUACAUGGCUUCAGUUGCCUGUCCAACCUCAAAGUACGUAAGUUUAGUAUGUAGUGUUAAAUUUAGGGAACUCUAAAUUUAAGAAUUGUGCAGUGGAAGAACAGAAACUUCAGAGGUCAGUGUGAAAAGAUAAGAAAAGAAAAAAAAAAGCCAAUUUUUAAAUUAUUCAGCAUAAAGUGGACUGGGUGUAAAUAAUUUGUUGCUGACAUACUGAGUGCUUUCAGGGUCUGCUGUCCAGGCAGACGGAUGGAUAACUGAGCAAAAGGCAUGACUCGUUAUCAUGGCAAGUGUAAGUCAAUCCCACUGUACCCCAACCCAAGGGCAUAGCUGGAAACAGAUCUUCAUGGUGAAUGUGGACCAAUUAGCCAAGCCCCAAGAACCAACAUUGUCUUACCAGUUGCAGUUUAUUUUGGAGCGGAACAAAUUGCAAUCCCUGGUUUGGACAUAAUGUUAAGCAAGGAGUUGAGGUUCACUCCCACACUCACACCUGGGCAACCUGGGCAUUCCCAGUAAACCGUUAACAAGAGCUUCAUUUGCAUGUCACAACGAAUCACAGUUAAGUUCUAUGCAGAUCUCAGGGCUGCUGGGAAAAAGGAACACACAAUGGUCCCCCCCCCCCAAAAGAUUUUGUUGCGCUAAUAUGGCUUUUUCAACUUUUCUUGUAGGCAACAUAGCUACUUUUACUUUCAGUAAGGAUACCAAGGCCCGCUGUUCUGAGUUUACAUGCAGCCCUGACAUGUUUCUGAGUUGAAGAAUUUUGCAGAACUGCAGAUUAAGCUGAACCAUUUAACCUGGAGAUUGCCUUCCUUGCAGCCACUUCAACGCUCCUUUCCCUGCGCAGAACAUACUGUGCAGCAAAAUUUGGCAUGACAAAUCUCCAGGAACAUUCACGUAGAAAAUAUUUUUUAUAAAGGUUUCCCCCCCUUCCCCAGUUGCAACCUGAACUUCAUUUCAAUACAUUUUUUAGAAUAGCUAAUAAAAAAUAGUCAUGUCUUUGUGCCUGUUGAGUGCAUGUCAAUCUGUUUCCCUUCUCACCUUACCAAUCUGCUUACAAUCCUGUGGUCCCGACUAGCCCAGGUAACAAUCUUUGUCAAAUGUUCUGUACAAGCGUUUUUGUAAGCGAAUUCUUCUUUAAAAUGUAAGGUUGUAUCAAAUUUAAAUUGACUGUGCCUCAACUAACCCUGAACAUUCACAUGAACAUCGAUAAAGCAUGCAAAACAAAUAUGAAAGAGCUUUUGAGCAGCGGGUUGUCAAUAUGGUGCUGCAAUCUGCUUAGCAGAAAUGUUCAAAACCCCUCAAAGCUGGUUGAAAACGAUCAGGACAGGCAGAUGGAUAUGUUCUUAGUCUCCUUUAGGAAACAUUAGUGGAAAAGCAGGGCACUCGCAUAGAAACCAUUGUUACACUUGCCUCAGAAUGUUGGUUGAAAGGCAUAUUAAUUUGUUGUGUGGGGGGGGAUAAUGGGAAGUCUUGAAUUACUGACAGCAGCUGCCAUUCUUUUCAGUCGUCAGAACCAACUUAAGGAUCAACAGCAGCAGCAGCAGCAGCAGGUAGUCUCGCUUUGCCAGCUUCCAGAUGAGGCCGAGUGCCUGACUGUGCCCAGGUAUAAGCGGGACCUUGUGCAGAAACUCAAGAUUCUGAGACAGGAGCUAUCCCAGCAGCAGCCCCAAGCUGGACACUGCCGGAUAGAAGUCUCCAGGGAAGAAAUUUUUGAGGUAACUUUCGGUAGAGUUAUCUUAGGUGUUAAAUAAUGCGGGGGAACAUCCUGCCGCCGGGAUGGUUCUUGCUUUUUUUGGCAAUGUAAAUGGACAAAGAUUAUGUGGAAACAUCUGAACUACAGCACAUUUUUUGAGAUUUCAUGGUGAGCAAUGUGAUAAAGUGAGGAGGCUGAAUCUUAAUUCGUUGUGUAUAUCCGACAUGUAUCGUCAGGCAUCAUUUUACUGAAUCUAAGCUUCAGUCCUAUACAUGCUUUCUUGGAAGCACAAUCUAUAAUUUAAAGCAGGGGUCAGCAAACUUUUCCAGCAGGGGGCUAGUCCACUGUCCCUCAGACCUUGUGGGGGGCCAGACUAUAUAUUUUUUUUGGGGGGAUGAACGAAUUCCUAUGCCCCAUAAAUAACCCAGAGAUGCAUUUUAAAUAAAAGCACACAUUCUACUCAUGUAAAAACAUGCUGAUUACCAGACCGUCUGUGGGCCAGAUUUAGAAGGCGAUUGGGUCAGAUCCUGGGCCUGAGUUUGCCUACCCAUGAUAUAAAGCAAGUGCCUGAAUUUUACGGGCAUAGAAUCGGGCUGCGCAAAUGGGUUUCAGUGCAUUGAUGUAUGAACUGCCCCCUUUUCUUGUGGCUGUAAGGAAUUAACGUCCAGCUAUGUUGGACCAGGCUUGCUUCUUGUGCUCUCAUUCAGCAGGGAUUGUGAAAACCUUCUCACCACAAAUGUAUUAUGCUAAACUACUUUUCACGUCCGGAGAACUACACCCAGAAUAAUCUCAAAACAUUAGCAAUUCAUGUAAGCUGCGCAAGAAAAUGGGCAAUAUACCCCUGCAGGUUAAAAGGCAUUUUUAAGUGCAUGUGGCAGUGACAAAAGAUCCUCACAUGCCUGCUUAUAUAUUAUGAUGCCACCUGCUGUAAGUUUUGGAUACUCUGAUUUGUUCUUUCUUUAGGAUCUUGAGCAGAGGAACAUCAGAGUAAGGACUAUGAUAAUAUUGAUAAAUGUAUUAUCUGGUGUAAUUCCAGGAGUCUUACAGACAAGUCAUGAAGAUGAGGCCCAAAGACCUGUGGAAGAGAUUAAUGAUAAAAUUUCGUGGGGAAGAAGGCCUUGACUAUGGAGGAGUUGCCAGGUAAAUAAUAAUGCCUUAGGUCUGUCUCCUAAACCAGGAUCAAGCAGCAUCCAGAGUUGCUGUUGAAAUAAAUUCUGAUACUUGGAGAUUGAUGUGAAGGCACUGACAACAGCAGAGCUCUGUAAUAUAUGGCAAGUCUGGGGGGAGGGAAAAACAGUUAUGCUGGUUCUCUCCCCACCCCCUAUCUCAUGGCUAUUCAUCUCAAGUUUAUUCAUCUCUAGCAGUAGCCUGUAUUCAAAGCCCACCCCUUAUUUUGAUUGCCAUCUUAUACUGAAUGAAUGCAUUAGUAUAUAUUUACUCUUAGAAAAUAAGCCACAAUUUUUCUUACUCUCAGAAGAACCUCUCUAUGGUCAGAAGUAAUUUGUGAUCCUACUGACCUUGAGAUGUCAAGGAGUCUUACACACUCAAGGCAUGUUAUCUGCCAACACUCAACAUACUACAAAUGGUAAAAUAUGAUUAAUAAUGGGGAAAUCAAUUGUUGUAUGUAAGGGUUUAACGGAUUAUGUUAGAGCUUUGUCAACUCUGUUGAGCAUAUCCGUUUCAAGGUAACAGGCUGGAUAAAACUGUUCUGUGAAUGGUGGUCUUCUUCCACUCCCGGAAUGGAAUCUUGGCUCCAAUAUGUUGUGAUUUUUUCCCAUCUAGUUAGUGUAGAUUAGAGAACAGAAAGUUUGCAAUUAAAAAUAAUUUUUUUAAAAGGUUUGCAAUGUUAAGAAUUGCAUUCUGUGUUAAUAAUUUCUUUCAAGAAGGAAGGUUCGUGUAGGCUUCAAACCAACAAGGAAAUGGGAAUGACCUUUCCCUGCUUGCUGCAUACCAUGAGAUCUUUUCUGCCGUGUGUUUGGACUAAACAUUAAGUUGCCGUAAUUCCAAGUAACAGAAUAGGGCUGGGGAGUGCAACACUACAUUUUCAGAAUCAGCAAUGCAAGUAGGCUCUGGCCUCUGAUUGUGAAACAAUAUUAUGUGGAGUGUUUUUAGUGUGCUGUGGCUUUUCUGUUCACAAAAGGGACUGUGGGAAAGAGCACAAGCUACAGCCUGGAACAUGAGAGGGAAGGGAAGCAAAUCAGCCAAGCACCAACCUCUCCUUUUUCUUCACCACUGCCACCAAGUGGAUGUCUUUAGUAGGAGGGAACUAUUUCUACAGUUUGAAUAGCUAUCCAUAAGAUCAAACAUAUGCAUCCUGCUAUACCUCUUCUAUAAUGUUUCCCUAACUAAGCCAAUACUCAUCAAUUUGCAUCCCUUAAUUGAGCUUCUGCAUCCCUUCGUAGUUCUCUCCUGCAGUAUCCAACUCUGCUGUCUUAACAUUUUUCAUGGUUUCGGCCGUUUUCUCACUUGCAGCUUCUCAACUCCCGCUCUUGAAGUUUCCGACUCCGCAACCUUUUGACCAACUGGGUUGUUUCCUAGCUUGACUUACGCACAAUAUUUUCACUUCUCCCCCCAAAUGUGUUAGCGAAUCAGGAGGGAGAGGAGUGUUUCAGUUGUGUUUCUGUUCCCCUUAAUUGACAGGAUAAAUCUUUGACCCUUCUGUGCAGAUGUGAGCAAGAUACCCCUUGGCACUUUUAACUCUCCUUGAACUUUUGAUUCCCAUAUGCACAAAACUCUUUAAAGCCAAAAGUAACCAUUUUGCAGCCCAAGUUUUCCAACCAGAAGCCCACCACAAAAUGACAUAAAAUUCUAUUCCUUCACAGACCAUUCCUUUUCAGUGCCCAGAAAGCCCUCUCCAGCCAAGGCCUUCCCUUCUCAGCCCCACACCUGAUGUCUGGUUUAGGGCAGGUGGGAAUGGUUUGCCCAAAACUGCCUCAAAGCAUGUAGUGUAACAGGGAUGAAGGUUGGCAAUUAAUUUCAGAUUUCAGGUGCAUUUCUUAUCACUUUCUUUGAACGGAAUUCUUUUUUUUUACAUCUAGAUAUGUUAAGACUGCCACUCAGGGGUAGUUUUUAUUCUUCAAUAUCUGCCCUCAACUUCGCUGCUCAGGGGUCCCCAGCAGAUGUUUUUAUUGGGUUUCUUGUAACAUCACCAGUGGGCCUUUUCUCUCUUUUCUCCCCCUAACUCCACUGGCAGACCACAGGAUAUGAGCCUCCCUCUCCUUAAAUUGCAAAGCACCUGCAUUUACCUCCAGCUUUCAUUAUGGACACCUAAUAGUUGAACAAAUGCUUGUAGUUCAGUUACUUAUCAAUUCCAAAGACCAGAAGCAGAGGAGUGUUCUCUUGGGUGAUCUGAGGAGUCUGCCAUCAAUUCCAUUUGGCAUAAGCUGGCCUGUUGGCAAUGAGCUUUAGUGACCCGUGCCAGGAAAGUAAAUCUCAGAAGCGCUGUGAAAUUCUGUGAAUUUUUUUGCUGUUAGCUAUACCAAUAUUUACCAACUGGAGCAAAUUUAUUUAGCACUUUAAAUUUUAAGCUUUUAAAGUAAUAGUCCUUCAGGUAAUGGGUAUAUUUCAGCAUACUGUUAAUAUCUGUUCAGUACAGUGCAUUAAACUGCAUUCAGUGUGACUAUCACAAUCUGAAGAAGGUAUCUGAAGAAGUGUGCAUGCACAUAAAAGCUUAUACCUAGAACAAACUUAGUUGGUCUCUAAGGAGCUACUGGACAUUUUAAAAUAUAUAUAUAUACAUAUAUAUAUCACAAUGAGAGUCAUAUUCACACUAUGCUGAAACAGUAGAAGGUCUGUAUUCAGUUAAUUUAAAGUCUUCCAAAAGAACUGUGAAUUAGAAUGUCAAUUAAGCUCUUAAGUUUCACAUUUAACAAUAUAUAGAUACUCCAACAUUGUUUAUGAUUGGAACAAUGAUCUUAAAAACUUUCUUUACAUAUUUUUUAUUCUUUUUCCUUCUUGUACAUUUGCAAAUCUGUGUGUUUUGUUAAUAAAUGAAAGACAACAAUGGCUCCCUUUAUCUAAAAAAGAUUGUCUUUUCACCCUUGCUUGAAUCAUGCCAUAACCUUCAAGUGUCCUGAUUCCCCUGGCACAUUCCUGGAAUUUCAGAAGCCCCCCUGGCUUCUGAUUUGAUUCUGGGAUGUCCCAUUUUCCCCCUCCAGCGCUGCCACGGAGCUCAGGGAGGAGGAUGAACCAGCGCUUGCAAUUGCAGUGGUCCUGCAAGGGUAUCUUAUACAGUGGUACCUCGGGUUACAUACGCUUCAGGUUACAGACUCUGCUAACCCAGAAAUAGUACCUUGGGUUAAGAACUUUGCUUCAGGAUGAGAACAGAAAUUGCGCAGCGGCGGCAGCAGGAAGCCCCAUUAGCUAAAGUGGUACCUCGGGUUAAGAACAGUUUCAGGUUAAGAAUGGACUUCCAGAACGAAUUAAGUUCUUAACCCGAGGUACCACUGUAGUAGGAAGCAAGCUAAGGUGUGGUGUGGCACACCUGGACCUCUUACUGCCUUCUCAGGCCUAGCCCUGCUGGAGUGGAUGUGCGCAACCCUCUUGUUGGCCCCUCUGCUGCCGCCACUGUCAUGGCGGCCUGAGGCGCAGCGCAGGCGGAGGAAGCGAGCAGAGAGAUAAGGGAGCAAGCAACUGCCAGGUAGUGGUUGCGGCAGGGGAGGUGGCCAGCUGACUCGUGCAGUGGCAUGGCACACAAAGGCAUGUGUCUUUUGGCACCGUGUUCCGGCUUGGGUGGGAACACAGCACCAAAAGACACGUGUCCCGAUUUUCAUCUCGGGAACAUCGGAGGGUUGGUCCCCCAUACGUCUGGACAUUUUCCUGGGAUUUCAAAGGCGGAAUUGAUGCCUCCGGGGGUGGUGGUUCCCAAAAUGUGUCGCUUUGUCCUGGAUCUUAGGCAAGUCAAUCGAGAAAUCGUGGGUAUCUUGGCGUUUUUUCUUUUAGUUUUUUUUAAAAAAUAAAAGCUCAACAACUUUCAGGGUGUCCUGGUUUUUACUUUUUGAAAUAUGGCAAUCCUACUACCACUGGUCUACACAGAUAGGCAGUAGCUCUCCAGGGUUUUGGACCAGGGCUCUCCAGUCACCAGAGACACUUGGGGUCGAACUAGAGAACUUUUGCAUGCAAAACAGAGGCUCUAGUUACCAUCAUGCCAAACUUUGGGGUUUGUCUAAAAAAAAAAAAAAAAAGCUCCACAACUUUGGGGUUUUCUUUCAAAAAAGCAAGCUCAACAAUUCUGGGUAUGUCCUGGUUUUUACUUUUUGAAAUAUGGCAACCCUAUUGGAGGGUAAGUCACGUUCUAUAUAAGUUUUUCUUUGUCACUGCUUCCUUCCCUGUGUGCUUCUUUGUUUUACAUCUUUUUAUUCUGGUGCAAGGUACGGAAAUAGUUGCUUCCUUUCUUUUUGCCCCCUCAAAUCCCCCCCCCCAAAUUCAAGCCCAUCUUCAACCGAUUACUGUGCAUAGCUAGUGCAGUUAUACAGCACGCAGCUUUUGACAUAUGCAGCUAAAGAGAUUGGACACGUCAGCAAGACGUUGAGAGAAAUAGUUGAGAGAAAUUGAAACAAGAAAUUCUGAAAAUGUGCUUAUGAGACAGUUGUGAAUAAAUGCUUUUCCCAUUACCACAUUCUGUUGUCAUUGAUUAAGAAAUUAUUUAUCACUGAAGACCAGUGUUUUUCUGCAUCAGUUUAACAGUGUUUGACCCUUAAAAUGUUUUCUUUUCUUCAGGGAAUGGCUCUAUUUGCUCUCCCAUGAAAUGCUGAAUCCGUAUUAUGGCCUCUUCCAGUAUUCGCGUGAUGACAUCUAUACACUACAGAUAAACCCAGAUUCUGCUGUUAACCCGGUAUGGAAAUGUACCCCAUGUUUGUGGCCAGCAGUUCCUUUUUAAUAGUUUUGGUGUGCUAGCUUUAUGCAAAUCUGAAUUACUUUAGUGACGUUCAACUUCUUUUUUAGAACAGAUAGAAACUGCUUUGGGAGUUCCCUUUUUGUUUUUGCUUUGAAGUGCAGGGUAUAAUCAUGAAAAUUAAUGAAUGCUGCAGGUUGUUAAACCUUAGACAAGAAAUAAAGGUGUUAAGUUGUAGCAGGAAACUUUGAGGUCAAAUAUAAGAGGAAGUGUUGUAAUCCUAAGAAUAGCUGUUUAGAGGAAGUGUUUUCAAGUGAAAGUGGAAGUUUAUACAACACUAGGGGCUGCACCUUUGCUCACAAGCCAGUAUUGUGAUACAGCACAACAAAUCCUGCAAUACAGGCUGUACAGUCUCAGAUAGAUAGAUAGAUAGAUAGAUAGAUAGAUAGUCUUGAUGGAAGUGAAGCAGGCACAUUAACAUAUUUUAAAGCUUUUUAUUUUAUUUUUCGGACUCUUCAUUUUAACUUUUAAGUAAAUCUUAUUGCAUACUAAAGAAAAUGUUCUUGUUGAAAAAUCUGAAUGCUUCAUCAGUUUUGGAAUCAAGCCAAGAACCCCGGCAUGAGUACAUUUUUUCCUUCAAUUCUAGGAACACUUAUCCUACUUCCAUUUUGUUGGACGGAUCAUGGGGAUGGCUGUGUUUCACGGACAUUAUAUUGAUGGGGGCUUCACAUUGCCUUUUUACAAGCAGUUGCUAGGAAAGCCAAUUACGUUGGAUGACAUGGAAUUGGUUGACCCAGAUCUUCACAACAGCUUAGUAUGGAUACUGUAUGUACUGAUCUCUUUGAAAUGAUGCUUAUCAUUUAUAAUGGUUGUAUUCUGCUUUAAUUCAUUUGCUAUAAAUGGGCAGGCUAUGAAUAUAAUUUUUGCUUAAAAAAAACCAACAACUAUAGCUGAGCCAUGGGAACUUAAGUCUUCUAAUCCAAAUCAUUAUUAGAAAGACUGGGACAGAUGUAACGUGACACAUUUGGUAGCCCCAUUGGGGAAGCCUGCCAGCUUUAGGCAAUCUGAGCCAGGAUGGGGUGACUUGAGGUAUGUGUGUGUAUUUUGCAUAGGACUGGCUAGGGAACCACAAUAUAGGCUACAAUUGGCCAUAGUUUUCUAUAGAAUGGCCUUCUUAGUCUUGUGCUGACACAUAGGGUCUGUCCUCCCUUGUUACUUCUGAGCAUUCCACAAGCUUUGUAAUCAGAGGGGAUUUUUAUCAUGGAAUAAAACAAUUUUGGGGUACUUUCAUGUUAAAGAAUACAUCACCCACCCACCCUCCAGAGUAUUGGAUUCUUAGAGGCAGUAUAAGCAAAUUAUUUUUUUGUUGUUGUUUUUUAACGGCAGGCUAUAGGAUGUAUGGUUAGGUAUGCCUGAGACGUUUAGAUUUCAUAUAAUUUUGCUUUCUCUACUUCAGUGAGAACGAUACUACCGGAGUCUUGGACCAUACAUUUUGUGUGGAACAUAAUGCAUACGGUGAAAUUAUACAACAUGAACUGAAACCUAAUGGCAAAAGCAUUCCUGUCACAGAGGAGAGUAAAAAGGAAUACGUCAGGUAUCAAAAACUAUAGUCUUUGUCGUUGCUUAAUCGUUUAGUCGUGUCCGACUCUUCGUGACCCCAUGGACCAGAGCACGCCAGGCAUAGUCUUAAAAACCCCCAAAAGGUUUCUGUUACAGUGCUCUGUGCAGAGGGUAAUAUGCUAUGCUUAAAUUAAUAGAGUGACUUUGUCAUGUUAAUGGCUGCUUAACUUUGGCCCUACAGAUGUUGCUGAACUAUAACUCCCUUCAUCUCUGACUACGCUGGCUGGGGUUGAUGGGAGUUUUAGUCCAACUAUUCCAACAACAUUUGCACGGCCUCUAGCCUGUCUAUGUAGAUGCUUGGUUGAAUAGUUUGUAGUAAUGUUUGCAGCUUCGGAUCAAGCAUCUAAGUUGUUGAGUGGGAAGACACUCCUUUGCAAAUAGGACUUGUAAUUUAUUGCAGGCUUUAUGUAAACUGGCGAUUUUUACGAGGGAUUGAAGCUCAGUUUCUGGCUCUGCAGAAGGGAUUUAAUGAAGUAAUCCCACAACAUCUGCUGAAGACAUUUGAUGAGAAGGAGCUAGAGGUCAGUACAUGAAUGAUAUGCUAGGUCAUCAAGUGUAACAAGAAAAAAAGCAUUCUUCUUAAAUUUUGCGUAUGCAAAGUUGAUCCCCAAUGCUUCUAGGGAUGGAGGAUUUGCAGUAAUUUUAACCAUGGUUAACAUACCAAAUCACCAAAGGGUUGGGAUUCCUUUUUUCUUUACAUUUUGUAGACAGGCUUCUUAAUAAUACUCUUGUCUUGCUAGCUAAUGACUUUAAAAUGCUAUUUUUGAUAGAUUACAUCACAUACUUUGGAGGGCUAUUUUUUAUUACCCUUAGCAUUAUUUUGAGUGUUUUACAAUUCCUUUAAGAAACAGAUUCUUAAUAUUGUACAAUAAGCGCUGGAUGAUAAAAGUUGAAAUAGUAAAAUUUUGUAGUUCUUAAUGGUUGGGCAGAAAAAAACCUAAAUUGUGCAGUGUGAGUCAAAGGAUAUCUUGGAAACUAAAAUGUGCCUCUGUAGGAAAGUAUUUUCUGGUAACCAUAGAUAAACAUAUUCUAUUUCCUGUAGAGAACACAUUGGGGAGGGUGUCUGAACCACCCUACUAUUAGUCCCAUUUGCUGAAGAUAGCACAGAACAUGCAAGACACCCAUGGGAACUCUUUCAUUGCCCUCUUCUUCUUCGGCGAUCACUCAUAGCCGAGUAAGAUUGUCUUCCAUGAACACGGUCUUAACAGUGAGUCUGUAAGUGACUGUGGAGGCCAAUUCUGGAUCCACACGUCCUUCCACAGUGGGGACAUAGGUUUCCGGGCAGGAGUUGAUCACAGUGAGGAUUUGCCAAGCAUGUUCUUAGCUCAUUCCUCCCUUUUGUCCUGAGUUUGAGCAUCUUCAAAAGUCCAUGACACCUUUGGUAAAGGCUGCUCUCCGUCUGGAGUGCUCGCAGGCCAGUGUUUUCCAGUUGUUGGUGUUUAUACUACAUUUUUUUAGAUUUGUCUUGAGAGAGUCUUUAAACCUCUUUUGUUGACCACCAGCGUUACACGUUCCAUUUUUAAGUUCGGAAUAGAGUAGUUGCUUCGGAAGACAAUAAUCGGACAGGAGAGAGGCACAAACCCACACCUCUUGUUUUUACUGUCCUGUGCAUGUGUGCCAGCCAAGCAGGGCAUGUGAGAGAGGCAAACACACAUGAGACUUUUAUAUGCUUUGCUCCUGGUUGGGGCAGGAGGGGAAUUCACGGUGCAUGAGAGCUGGGGUGAUAAUGGCACAUGGAUACACCCAUUUCCCCUAUACAAAACCCAUGAAGACCUUAUUCUUGGCUAGGCUGCCUUUCUCCCUUUGCUGCCCUUGCUCCCAACCACUCAUCUCAACCCUUUUAAAUGUUGCACGCUAUAAUACCCCCUCCCACCCUCUUUCCGGGAAGGGAUGAUGGAGAUGCAUGGCUGUCGGGUUAGAAAGUUGUAGGGGAAUAGAAUGUGUGGGAGAAGGAAAAAUCAGCCCAAGAAACCUGCAUAUAAGCCAAAAGGGGGCUGGAUAGCAAGGGCUUGCUGUGGAUCAGGAUCUGUUCGCUGCUCACCUUCGGUGAAAUCUGUUUCUUAUUUCUAAGACUUCUAUAAUGCACAGAUGAAGCUGACUAUAUUGUUUGCUAUUCCACUUAGAAAACUAAGGUUAUGUACUUUGCAAGCUUAAACUGACUUGUCAUUUCCUGCUGGCCAACAUUUCAUAUAACAAAAGUUUUUUAAAAAAAGAAAAGAAAAAGAAAAGUUUUGUCAUUUAGAGGGAUAACUUUCUAUUUGUAGCAGAUUUGCGGGGGUGGGUGUGGGUGUAUUGACUUCAUGCAGUCCUCCACUGACUGAUAUUUGUACCGUUAUGAACAGCUCAUCAUUUGUGGCCUUGGGAAGAUAGAUGUUAAUGACUGGAAGGCUAACACCAGGUUAAAACACUGCACGCCAGACAGCAACAUUGUGAAGUGGUUUUGGAAAGCCGUGGAGCUCUUUGAUGAAGAAAGGAGAGCCCGAUUACUGCAGUUUGUGACUGGGUCAUCCAGAGUACCUCUGCAGGGUUUCAAAGCAUUACAAGGUUAAAAAAAAAAAGCACAAAAGCAAAUUUCUUUUGAAUCGCUGUCCACAGUCCCAAGUUACUGCUUUUUCAAUUUUGUAACAUUUGUGAUAUAUUCAGAGUACAUUAUGAAAUGCAUAGCUAUGACUUUCCGUCAAAAGUCUUAAAUCUGUAGGCUUGUGUGUGUUUUUGUUUGGUAUGCCCGAUGCCCUGGUUUUCCAAAUGCAUCUACUAGUCCAACUACUGCAACAUUUUAUCAUAAAUAUAUUGAUAACUGUUGUUCCUGGCUCUGUGUGAUUUUCUGGCUGUUAUAAGACCUGGCAGCACAUGAUACUCAAUUCAGAAGGCCUCUUAAGUUAGCCUACCUUACAGCAUAGCUGUCAAGCAUCCCUUAUUUGGCGGGACAGUCCUUUAUCCCAGCGCCAUGUCCCGCUGCUGUCCCUUAUUGAUGAUGUCCCUUAAAUAAGCUACUGAAGGUAAUGGGGCCCUUUCCAUGUCCAGCUGUCCUUUGUCAACAACAAAUUGUUGCUGGUUUUUUGUGUUGAAUAUAUGCUGUAUGGUAAUUUAUGGACCUAAUAGGUAUCUAAAGCCAUUUGCACGCAACAGAAUAUGUAUUUUAUCAAAGUAAUUGUUGGUCCCUUAUUUUGGCUGCUGAUCCCUUAUUUUCGAGGCUGCUGGUCCCUUAUUUUCAAAUCUGUAAGUUGACAGCUAUGCCUUAGAGCUCUUGUAACAUGGUAAGGGGCAGUCAAAAGCCCUUUGCGUGUCUGUGUAUCAGAGCCAUCGUUUUCACUUACUGAAAGGAAUGGAAGGUUGGGGGUAUAUGGUUUCUAGUAUUCACUUUUCUAAUAUGUUCUAGAAAGCCUUAAAUCGGCACGUAUCAAAUUGGAGAUGUACAGGUCACACUCCAUGGAUGCUGCCUUUCUGUCUGUCACCUUCCAAAGCUUGCUUCUCUGGCCAGUCUUUUACAUGUUUUGGUUGUGCUCCAAAGUACUGGACAGUAAUGCCCAAUUUCUGAUCCAUUUGCAGGUGCUGCCGGUCCAAGACUAUUCACAAUUCACCAGAUUGAUGCUAGCACAAAUAACCUGCCAAAAGCUCACACUUGGUAAGCUUUAUAGAUGCAUUACUGUGCUCAUUCUUUUCUACAUGGAGAAUAUUGAAUUUGCAACUAAUUAGAGAAGAAAUUCAUUAAUAAUCCAGCUUCAGAAAUAGGUUACUAUGAAUAAUCUACCUGCAUAUAAUUAGCAUAUCAUCAAAACCAUUAGAAGAAAGAAAUAAGCAUUUAUGAUUUUUCUUUCUGCACGUCGUAGCCUAGUCAUCAGUAGAUUCUCUGUGCUACGUUUUUGUGGGAAACUGUUUUUUUUCCAGCAGUCUUUAUCCAUUCAUUACUUACAACACCAUGCAUGUUUUUAAUUCUUUGUCAAAACGGAUCAACAUGGGCAUAGUUCUAUUUAGAAGACAAUGUUAGCGGUGGGGGAGGUAACUGUGUUCUUUUAACUGUAGCAGCCUGCUUGAAGUAUAUUACUUAUUACUGCCAUUCAGCUUAAAUUCAGUGUGUAUAUAUUAUUGAAAGCCUAUUAAAGCUUUUGUUCUCUGCGUGCAGCUUCAAUCGAAUAGACAUUCCUCCUUAUGAAAGCUAUGAGAAGCUCUAUGAAAAGCUGCUAACCGCCAUUGAAGAAACAUGUGGGUUUGCUGUGGAAUGAACAUUUGCAGACUUACCUGGGACUGUAUUUAUACUCCGUCAAGCAGAAAAUCCUCUCCUCAGCCAUGACACAGUUAAAUGCUUGAAAUAUAGGAAACUUUUUCCCCCCACUCCCUUUUCUACUUUAGGACGAUAUGAGGGAAAGGACAAUUUUUGGAGUUCUUCAUUCAAGAAAAUGUCCUGUGGCUCCUGCCAAGGAAUCAUUCAGCUGCUAUUAAAAACAAGUAUCUUGAAUAUACAGAAUGCUGACUUUUCCUUCCUUUCAACAGCAGUAUUCUUCUCUCAAAAAGACGACUACUAUUUUUGUAAAAGGUGAUCUGAUCUAUUUGCUUACCUGAUUUCUAUUCUGACAGGUCCAAGAUAUAGCUGUCGGUACAAGUCACGUUCCAGCCUACUUAAGUAAACAUGUGAUACUGAACAGCAUCUAUACCUGCUAUUUUUUUAAAUAAAAUAUUUUGAUUAUUCUAAUUUUUUCAUAUAAUUGGCUAAGCAAACCAUAACCCUUUUAAAUUAAGGCCACUUAACGUACAAACUGUGUUUUCUUAUAGUGAAUGAUUUAAUUCUCUGUUAUGAGUUAAACUUCAAUGUUACUUGUAUAAGGAUUUUUAUAUUUCUCAAGCAUGAAUUACAGGUUUUGGCUCCUGUUUUUCUCUUGUCCAGUUUCUUUAGCAGACUCCUAGUCGGAGUUAACUUGCACUGUAUUUGGUACAGUACUUUGUGGUAAACGUGGAAACCCCCCUUUUUUAAAGCAUCUAGCAUUUUUUAAAAUGAGCGUUUUUGUAAAAAGUCAAUACUUGAGUUUUUUUUAAUUUGCUUUCCAUUUUAAAUGGAACUUGCUGCAUUUUGUAAACUCCUAAAUGUAUGUUGAUGAUAUCAACAGCCUUCUGCCAGGUCGUCAGUUCAUUUUUCAAAACUCUCUGUGGAUGUCAUACCAACCAAAGUUUUUCUGUUCCGAUACAGUGAAUCUGCAUUGUAUAUUAGUUGUUGCAAAACAAUGUUAUCAGGUUAAAACGUCUUUAUUUUAAAUGGCUUGUGGCAUAUGGGUUUGUGCUAGCUACAACUAAGGGAAAAAAUAGUGAUGCAAUGGACUUAAAAGCAGAGCUUCUGUACAUUUUGUGAUGUGCUCCAAUAAAUAGCUGACUGGAGCACCCCAGAAAUCAUCUUUGCAUUGAGGGUAAAUAUAUGCAAAAUAGUUAAAAUAAAGGGGGCACGUUUAGAUGAAAUAUAUUGCACUGUUAAUUGACAGUCAUCCAAGGAAUUAUAUAUCAAUAACUAAAGUGGUUGAGCUUGUAACUUGGGGAUAGCUCAUAAGUACACUUCUCUUCGCAAUAGUGUGUUUAGUUGCUGUGAAAAGUGCAGCUUCUCUUGCUGAAAUCAUUGCUGGCUGUUUCUGGUACGCUGGCAAGCACAGAUAUUUCUUCCUAGUUUUAUGUACCCAACUGUGUGGAGAGAAAAGCGGAACUUGCAUGUGCGAACUAGCUCUCACUGAACAACAUUGAGAACGUCUAGUGAACUGUCAGCACAGUUGUUCGGUUGCUCAUCUUCUCGUGCAAAAGCAAGGAAUGACAAACAACAGCAAGGCAUAUGGUAGUAAUUAAUCACAAGCAACCAUCUAAAACCACCCACUUUUUCUGUGCAAAUGAUCGAUCAAGAGUGCCACGUAUAUGGAGGCAACAGAUUGAAAACAGCCCUGCUUAUCUUGAAGGUUUUGUUGGAGAUGGCCUUUUUCCUUGUCUAAAAUUGGGAUAAGAGAAAGCAAGUUAAGUCAAAGGACAUUCACUAGAUGUAGAUGUGUGUAGCCUUCUCUGACUUGAAUCCGGCAGGUUGUACGUUAACAACCAGUCUUGUAGGCUCAAGAUGUAGAGAGGCGAGGAUGAAUGAUCAUUUCCAUUUGUUGCAUUGGUUCCGAAACAGCCUCGCUCCUAUGUCAUAUUGAAUUAUGAAGCAAUUACACAAAUUAGCCAUAGUAAACAUAAAUAAAAAACAGGUGGUCUGUUUAUGAGUAGAUUGUCCAGCAUUUGGAAUAGCUAGGUCUGACUUCGUCUUCCUUUGCUCAUGGACUGCAGCAGAACUGUAAGUCUCCAUUGAUUGCUCCGAGUAGACUUCAGGCGGAUUUUGGAAUGCAAGCCUAAGCCCCAGUUAGGGAAUCUGCUCUGGUUCUAGGCUGGCAGAUAUGAUCCUUUCUAUCGGAGCAGAUCCAUCUGCUUCCACUGUUCUUUCUGGUUUCAGGAAUAGCAUUGCGUUGAUUUCUCUCUACUGUUGUCUUAAAUUUAAAGGUGGCAGAAUACUGGUUUCCAUAUCCACAGCCGUGCGCGGCUACUGUUCUGCAUAUCUUUCAGGAGUUGUCAUUCUGCCUGUGCACAGAUUGAUGUAGGGCUUCUUGUUAACCAUGUUUUGUACCAGGCCUUACUUGCUGCUUGUCAGCUGUGUACUUCCUUCUCUGAAAAAUUAUCACUUGAUCCAAGAUGACAGCCUCGCCCUUACCUCAUGGGAAUAUGCCUCUUGUUCUGCAUCAGAUUGUGCUGAAUGCUGUGGCCUCCACUGAUGACCUCUGCUCACCUUAUAAUAUCUUGUAUUAUUUCAUAAGGAGAUGUAGCCUAAUAACCACAGAACGAUUAACGAGAGCCUGUGACAGACCGCAUUGACAGGUCUCCGUGAAGGAGUUUGCGUUACAGGGUUUUGAUGAGGCGGACUCGAGUCGGGUCUGAGAUCAAAACUUGAGAGCAAUUUCAUUGUCGUCCUGCGUUGUGUCCAGAGAUUCUUCCGUCAUUACAGGGCUAACUUUGCAAAAUCUGAUUCUCACUAACAGGCAAAACAAAAAACAUUUCUGCAUAUUGCUUUGACUGCUACGCUGAGCAGACUGAUGCAAAUUGAAUAUCGGGUCUCCUGAGUGCCUUCUUAUCUGCAUAACCAUUAAAAUGCUUUAAAUCACACAACCUGUCAGAAGCUUCUCUAGACCCAUUGAGUGUUGUCCCACGGCCAUGCCACUUUUCCCGUCGACAAGUGCUAAACCCAAUAUUAUGUUAAGACCUUUGGAUUUUCAACCCAGAUUUAAAUGUGAAUAUUUAUUUCCAGCUUGUCCCUCUUCCUACACGGUUUAUUUCAUCCAUCCUAAAUUUGCAUUAAGUGGUUAAGAGAGAUGCAUUAAAUGGUUAAGAGAGAUGUCACCUCACAUUUCCAUGCUUCCUUUUCAGAAAUGAAUGUUUUUUAAAUAUAGUGACUAUUUUGUAGGAUUCAGAUAUACAGUACUCAGUUGUGUUUCAGAUUUAAUUUUUAGAUGUAAAGUUUUGUAAUGGUGCUUUGUACAGUAUGUAUUCUAUUUUUUUGCACAUAGGUUCAGUUUCCCUAAACCGAUUAUAUUUUUACCAAAACGUUGUGUUGUACUGGAGUCCAGAGCACACAGGAUGUCCCCCCCAACACUACAUCUGUUAAACCUCUGGUGCAUUAAAACUGGCUGCAUUAAUGGAAGUAAAAGCGUUGCUUCUAUAUCAUACAUCAUAAUGUAGCAUGACCCCGUUGCUUCAGACUUUAAACCGCACCAUAUAGAUAACAGGUGCAGUUUGUACUUAACACAAUCUCUUUUUUAGAUUUCUGACUCUGCCAAAUUCUAAGAGCUUUGUCUAUAGCUAAAACUAGUCUAUAUUUGGUAUGAUUUUUCCUUCUUCCACAGACUGACAGGUGGGGUUUUUUGUUCUUUUUUAGUUGCAUUUCUAUUGUAUUUAUUGCAGAGUGUUUUUAGCAUUGAUAUACAUUGUAUUUUCACCAAGCUGUUACAUGAGCUUUAACAAUACAUCUGUAUAAAAUGUUUUUUUUGUUUUUUUAAAAAGUAUGUACUCAUGCAGAAGUUGAGCAAUAAAAUUGUAUGCUGUUUGCACUGUCACAGCAUCAAUGGUUUUAAAAAAA